ACCUCCGUCGCCCCUGAGUGGCUGAGCGGAGGCGGCCGGGCGCGCGCGCGCACGGAGAGGAAGAAAGAGGGUAGCGGCGGCGGCCGGGAGGGGGAAGAAAGAAGGACUGAGGGAGGACGGGGGGGGAAGUGCGCGGGUGCGCGCGCCGGGCGCUGACUGGACUCUGAGGCGACCGAGGGAGCUUGUUCCGAGGCACUUUCGGUGGGCGCCUGAGGCGAGGCCGACGGGAGGCGGAGAAGGGGAAGGAGAACAGCAGCAGCGGCGCCGCUCGGCUCCUCCUCCUCCCCCUCCUCCGGCCGGGGCGGAUGCUUUGUGGGUAGGAGGAAGAGGAGGAGAGGCGGCCGCCUGGCUGGCUGGCUGGCGGCGGCGGCGGCGGGGCCUUGCGGAGAAGAUGGUGCUGCUGAGGGUGCUCGUCGUGCUUUGCUCCUGGGCGGCCGGAGCCGGAGGUGAGGCGAGGCUAGGCCGCGUCGGAGGAGGGCGAGUGGUUCCCCCCGCUUCUCCCUUCCUUUUCCCUCUCCCUCCUUCCCUCGCCCCGGGAAGCAGCCACUUAAGCAGCCGAGGUUCCUUCCUGCCCCCGGGGGCAGCUUCCCUCACGGCUCCCGCUCCACUCCGGUUCUGGGUCCCCCGCCGCUCUUUCCUUUCCCUGCCCCGAUAGCGGCUUCAGUUCUUUUUCGGUGUGUUUUAAUUGUUGGAUUGGGCCCAUUUUGAAAAGGGAGGGUGGCGGGGAGUCUCCUCCACACUCUCUUGUCUCUUCCUUUCACUCCUUUCUGCCGCCGCCACACUAUUUAUUUCGACCCCUCUCCUGCUUUUCUGUUUAAAAGGACAGCUCCGGGCUCUACGUAAAAGAAGAAACUGUAAUUAUGAAAAGUAUAACUAUACAGACACACACACACACAAACACACACAUGCAAAGGUGGCCGUUUGACCCAUUAAGGGGAAAACCAACAAAUAAAAACCCACGGUUGGGAAUCCUUUUACUAGAAGCAGCCAAAAAUGUCACGACUGUGUAGCAGUCGUUUGAGUUCUCUAGAACUCUUUAUUAGACAAGAUGUUCCACAAAGCCCAGGUGAAACGAGGCGAAAUAAUAAAAAUACAGUAAUGGGGAAAAGUGCAAAGCUUGCAGCCAUGAGGUCAGCUUAGAGACUCCAAGAUGAAGCUUGCAGGCUGAUUUAUUUAUUUAUUACUGUUUUGAUAAAAUUUAUAUACCACUUGAUUGAAAAAACACACUCCCUAAAAGCAGUUUGCAAGUACGGCUCUUUUACAGUGACACUUGGAGGAGACUGUUUCUCCUCCACUUAGUCUUAUGUGCAUACAGUAAUUGCUUUGGGGUAGCACACUUCCCCCCAAUAACCGUAAAACAUUAGAAAAAUAUUGUAUAUACAUGCCUUCAUGUCUUUCCUGCCUUUUCUCUACCCUCCCCACCUAAGUAUCUGACUUUGCCCUCUGAGAUUUCCUCUCCUCUCCUUCCUGCUGCCUCAAAUGAAUGGAGGGGGGGGUUGUGUGAAAAAGGGGAACAAGGCAGAUACAUGUAAAUAUGCUCUCUGCACUCACACCUAGUAUGGGGUAGUUUCCAGUGAGUCUUUUGACUUCCUGUUGUGCCAUCCCUCUUUCUCACCACUGUCAUAGGCCUGGAGUCUGAUCCAGUUGGGCAUCAAGUCAAAAGAGCUAGAAGACUUUCAGGAGGGAGUAGGCCUUCUGAAAGUUGUAUAUUGUAUCUGAUACCUGGAAGGAAUGAUACAUUAAAUGAGUUUCUAAAGCAGGGUGAGGUAUUUCUGAAAAGAGGAAGUGCCAUAUUGUUGAGAUUUGCUAAAAUGUUAGUUGUGAUUUAUGGCAGAUCUGCUUCUUCUAUUUUAUCUUUUGCUAGCAUUCUGUCUGUGGUUCACUAUCCAUAUUUUGAGUAAGCUGAAUAAUUUUGCUUACUUAAAUCAGAAAGCAAUUCUUGUGGAUCAAAAAUAGAAGUCCUCAUCCCAUCAUUGCAACUUACUGUGAGUGCUCAAGAAGCGGCUUGGGAUUGUGGCUUUGUCUUUAUGCAUAACAUCCCUAAAGUGUCACAAAGCUUCUAGCACAUUUAUUCUGUCAUUAUCUUUUGUGGAACUGUACAUGAUGAAGGGGGCCUCUUAUUGUGAUUCAAGUUUUCAUAGACAUACAAUGCAGUCCUAACAAUGAAUACUCAGCAAUAAAUCCUAUUAAAUUCAAUAGGUUAUAUGACCAGCUAAACAAGAUUAGGAUUGCAGCCUAAUCUAUUAGUCCAGUGGUUCCCAAUUAGCUAACUACUGUGGCUUUUCAAAGGCCAAGUCAUGAACCCACUACUUUUGAAAAUGUUGAUGAUAGUUAUGUGGGUGGGUUGAGCAGACCACCAAUUGGGAACCACUGUAUUAGUCUCAAACAUACAUGGGGACUUUUUUUGCUCUGUGCUGUAGUGGCAGCUACUCUAAAAUUUUGAUAUUAUGGAAGGCAGAAUAAACACAUUUAUCUUAUAGUAUCCUGCCAUUCAAGGGUGUUUUGGUUUUACUUGCUCUUUGACGCAGGUUGGAAUCAGAAUAAUUUUGUCUGAAUGGUGACAAAUUCCUCAGUUGGUUACCAAUUCCAGACAUGCUGCUCUGCUAGGAAAAAAACAAAAAAUAAGUCUUUUAAAAUACAUUUAUUGUGGUGCAAACUUUUGUUGACGAGAGCUGUGAAGUGGGCUCUAAUUCACCAAAGGUAUGUCACAAAUGAGGCACCACUGUUUCCCCCCACUUAAAAGUGGCAAAACAUGUCUUCUUUGGAAGGGCACAAGGUGUGGUCCUGAUGAUGUCAUAGAACUUGCUUAUGAGUAAUUCUUAUCAGGAAGUGCAGUAGGGCGUGGAUUAACAAGAUUAACUAACAUUUCAACAUCACCGGUGUAGUAUGGUUUCAGUUAAGAUCCUGACUCUUGGAAAGGGCCUAUUUAAAAGUAAACCACUUUUACAUUUCACUAAGUUCAUGCAGAAGCUUUUGUGAGUUAAAUAGUGUUUUUUUUCUACUUAGGGCAGUGGUUCUCAAAGGGUGUGGCAUGCCACACUAGUGUAGUGGGAAAGGAUGGCAAGUGUGGGAAGAUUCAAAGACAAUUGGAGAAACAUUUAAACAUUUCAGUGUUGUAUAGUAUCAAAAUAAUCUUUUUUUAUUUGCAGAAUAGGGACAUAUCUUUUCAAAAUGAGAGCAAGAGCAUCAAGUGUGUGGGAAUGAUUGUUUUAUACUCUGCAGUGAUUUCAUAGAAUCAUAGAGUUGGAAGAGACCACAAGGGCCAUCGAGUCCAACCCCCUGCCAAGCAGGAAACACCAUCAGAGCACUCCUGACAUAUGGUUGUCAAGCCUCUGCUUAAAGACCUCCAAAGAAGGAGACUCCACCACACUCCUUGGCAGCAAAUUCCACUGUCGAACAGCUCUUCCUAAUGACAGAAGUUCUUCCUAAUGUUUAGGUGGAAUCUUCUUUCUUGUAGUUUGGAUCCAUUGCUCCGUGUCCGCUUCUCUGGAGCAGCAGAAAACAACCUUUCUCCCUCCUCUAUGUGACAUCCUUUUAUAUAUUUGAACAUGGCUAUCAUAUCACCCCUUAACCUCCUCUUCUCCAGGCUAAACAUGCCCAGCUCCCUUAGCCGUUCCUCAUAAGGCAUCGUUUCCAGGCCUUUGACCAUUUUGGUUGCCCUCCUCUGGACACGUUCCAGUUUGUCAGUGUCCUUCUUGAACUGUGGUGCCCAGAACUGGACACAGUACUCCAGGUGAGGUCUGACCAGAGCAGAAUACAGUGGCACUAUUACUUCCCUUGAUCUAGAUGCUAUACUCCUAUUGAUGCAGCCCAGAAUUGCAUUGGCUUUUUUAGCUGCCGCGUCACACUGUUGGCUCAUGUCAAGUUUAUACUUUCUGGGUGUCCCGUGAUCAUAUUUUAAAGUAGUUGUGUUCUGUAUUAUAAAUGAAGCACUGCUAGUUGUUGUUUCUCUCUCUCUCCCCCGCCCCAAUGUAUUUCUUAUCAAUUAAAAAUUUGGUGUGUCACAAACAAAUUUUUAUUUUGAAAGUGUAGCCCAGAGGAAAAAGUUUGAGAACCACUGACUUGGGAUGUUCACAUAUGAGUAUGUGCAGACCAGUGGUUGCAAAUGAUUGAUAGCACACUUCAGACUUACUCAGUUAUCAACCUUCUGUUGUUCUGCACUUAAAAAAUAACACCAUAUUAAAGGUUUCAGUCCUUGCUUCAGAAAUUCUCAAUUGGAGUUAGUGUUAUUAAGUGUUGGAGGAUUUGCAAUCUUAAGUAUACUGUACUGAAAAGAAACUUUGUCUAUCAACAUACUUUUAGUUGUUGUCUCCUCAGAGUCUGAAUCUAGUUGUGAGACCAUAUAACCUAUGCUGUUGAGAUGAUUGGUAGGGUUAAUGGCAUGUUGGGUUUUUUUUUUAUAAUAUAUAGUAAACUUCAACCUACUGUCCUUCUAAGAGAAAGUCCAUGAUUGCAUUUCUGCAUGUGCAUUUUAGCAUCUUCUUAGCCUUUGCAGUCUCCAGUAUACUUUAAAAAAUGGGCAUAAAAGUGGCUUCAUAUAGUGCAAAAAACCCAGAACCUAGUUCAGGAUUGGGAACCUGCCGUCCUUCAGUUGUUGAACUCCAAUUUCCAUCAUUUUUGACUAUUACCCAUGCUGUUUAAGUAGAUGAGAGUUGGAAUUUGUCUGACCUAGUCAAAGCUCAGAACUUAUAAAAUUCAAAGUAAUUUAAAAACUCAAUUAUUGUCAGUUAACUAGAGAGCGAUUCAUUAAGUCAGGAGAUCUUUAUAACUGUUUCAGCAUUUUACAUGGAACAUGAUGUAUUCAAGCAUCACAUUUGCCUGGUUAAGAUAUUCACCGAAACUUUGACUCAGAUGACCUGAAACUGUCUAUGACACUGCCCUCUCUCUUUUUCCUCUAUGCCUGAGAAAGAGUGGCAGCUUUUGUUUUUAUGCUGGAACUAACUACAGUUUCAUAUUACAUUACAUCUGAAUUGGGAAGCAGAGGAUUAAACAAAGUUAGUUUAAACAAAAACCGGAUGAAAACACCUCAGUUCAGAUUUCAGCUCUGCCAUAAAUUUGCUAUGCGGCCUUUGGCAAGCUUCUGUAUCUGCAAUAUGUGUGAUAAUAAUGCUCAGUUACUUUAUUGGGUUGUUGUAAGUGCAUGUGAAGUAUGGUACUUUCAAGUAUUCAAAGUGAUGUGAAAGGGCUAUAUAAAAAGCAUUAUUAUCAAACUGGUUUCAGAUCUUGGUUUAACUAACUUUAAUUUGAACAAACUGAGCUCUCCCAAGUUUAAAUGUAACAUGGAACUGUAAUUGUUCCAAAGUGAAAGCAGAAGCAUUAAUUCUCUUCCUCUUGCACAUAAAUUAGUACUAAAUAAGGUGAAAAGGAGAGGCAGCAUAAGUCUGAGGCCUACUGCCCGUUAUUUCCAGUCACUGAAACAAUAGAUUCAGUGAGACAAUAGAACACGGCCCCUAUUUCAUAUAUCUGUAUUGACUGAUUGUAGUGUCAAGCUUUGUGUUUACUGCUAUAAGAGAAAGUAAGGUUGUUUGACUUUGUGGCUAGUUUAAUGCCUGGAAAUUAAAACUUUCAAGAUAGGGUCAUUCUUUGGAGCAUUUCCUAAGUUUGAUCUGAGAAUGGAAACCCAUUAACUUUCAUCCAAGCAGUCAGCAAAAUGAUCCAACAGUUUGCAUAUUCUUUGAACCACAGACAUCUGGAAUAAUUGCUGAUAGUUGCAGGCUGGGAGGUAAGGUGUGCUCCUGGUCCUAAGUUCUAGUGUUUAUUAACAUGGUAUGUUGAUGAAAGUGAAAUGUUUACUGUAGAUGCUCUUGCAGAUUACAUGAAUCUAGGAGUACUUAUGUACUUGAGGCUAGUAUUUACAAGGCAUGUAAAUGUUCCUGUUCAUUUUGGUUAGUCUGGUUUUCUUUGGCUAUUCUCCUUUAUGUUAAAAGGACAGGCAAGUGUUUGCUUGUAUGGUGGAGUUGCCAAGCACCAUUUUGAUAUCUUGGAAAAUUCCAGCUUCACAUUAUUCUUUAUUUUUGUUUCCUAUCAUAUGCAACUUACUGUUGUCCAAAGUUAUGAAGUUUAUGACAGUUUUCUUACCUUAAUUGUUUUUGAAUUAAAACAGAUUUUGUAUUUACUUGCUUGUUGGACUUACAGGGCUGUCUAAAAAAUACUUGCAGAAAUAUUAUGCCAGUUUAUAUGAAGCUUUUAAACUUGUUCUUUCUGAAAAUCCCUAUUUAACAACUUUUGUGGAACCUGGUAUAUAAAGAAUAAGCUAUUUUGGAGCUGCUUAAUGAAAAGUUAGAUUUUUGUGGAAGAAUGGAAGUCUUUUUCAAAACAUUUAAAGAAAUAUUAUAGUAUGAUGAAUUCGUGAGCAGUGUUUGAACUAUGAGCAACAGAAGGAAUCAGAGAUUAUUGUAUGAUGGUUAUGAUGUAAGGGAGAAAAAAUAAGGGGCAGCAAGGGGAAGAAAUUAAAAACACCGUGGAAAACGGGAGGGGAAGUUGAAAAAACAAAGAAUUUUUUAAAUGCUUUGUUUAUGUGAAUUUUUUGUAGUUUUGAAUUUUAAUAAAAUAUAAUUAUUAUAUUAUUAUGCUGCUCAUUUAUUCCUCUGAUACUGGUUGCUGGGGAACAUGAGUGCAAGAGUGCACUCUUGUCCUUGUCGGAUUCCUGUAGCCAUCUAAUUAGGAGUCUUAGAAACUGGGAUAGAAAAGGUAUUUGCCACAUGGCUCCCUGGAACCUGGGUUAUAAGUGCAAAAACCGAAUGGCUACUGUAGCGGCACUUUGUUUAUUUUUCCAUAGAGAAUUUAUUUGGUUUAUUUUGCAAUUUGUGGUAUUGGGAGGGUUGUAACCAGCCAUAGCAAAGCAGGUCAUACAGAGAGCACAGUGGGGCUUAAAAUUAGGUGUGUAUAUGACAGUAACGCCCAGUGAACUUCAUGGGGAUUUAGCGUGUCUAGUCAUACAGUCAUAUACCACACUGCUUCUCAAUAGGAAGAACCUUUUUCUUUCACUUUGCAAAGUCACAGCUUCUGCCAGUAAGGGACCAUGUCUCAUUCUGUACAGUCAUGCCCACAUAAUGUGAUUUUCAAAGUUCUAAUGUUUUUAUUUCUGAAAAGGAAAGCACUUCCCUGUAAAUGGUACAGGAGUACUCAUGCAAAUACAUCCUAUUUUAAAAAGUAGGAUGAUACUCCACCAGUUUGUUUUUUUAAAAUCCAGCAUUAUGAUAUUCUUUAAGAGACACGGUGAUGAGAAUUGCACACAGUAUUCCAAGCGCAGCUGCAUCACAGACUUGUAUAAGGCCAUUAUGAUAUCAGGAGGCAGGUGGCGCUGGGCUGUCUGAUCAGAAGGUUGGCGGUUCAAAUCUGCGACAGGGUGAGCUCCCAUUGCUCUGCCCCAGCGGCAGGAAGGUAAAUGGCGUUUCCGUGCGCUCUGGUUUCUGUCAUGGUGUUCUGUUGUGCCAGAAGCUGUUUAGUCUGUGGACAAAUGCCACCUCCCUUGGCCUGAAAGCGAGAUGAGUGCCGCAACUCCAUAGUCACCUUUGACUGGACUUAACCGUCCAGGGGUCCUUUACCUUUUUUUUUACCUAUUAUGGUAUUUCCAGUUUGUUUUCAAUCCUUUCCCUAAUGAUCCCUAAAAUAUAUUUCCCCAUUUUAUUGCUGCCACAACCUGGGUCAACUUCUUAAUUGAGGUAUCCACUAUGACCCUAAGUUCUUGAUCAAUCACCACCAACUCAGACCUCACUAGCAUAUAUGUAAUGUUAGGAUUCCCCCCCCCCCGCAGCGUGUAUCACUUUGCACUUAUUAACACUGGAUCAGAUUUAUCAUGUUAAUGCUCAUUCAUCCAGUUUGGAGAGAUCCUUUUGGAGUGCCUAACAGCCUCUUUUAGUUAAAAGCUACUCCAAACAACUUUGUGUCAUUAGCAGACUUUGCUAACUCAUCUCCAGGAAAGGUUAGGAAUGCUGCAGACUUGGGUUCACAAAGCAGAAAACCCACAUCCAUUAAAUCUCACUCACUGUCACAAAUGGGCAAGACUGGAACAAAGAACUAGACCUGAAUGUGUUUCUUAUCUAUUUCAAGAGAUAAUAAUGUUUAUUCGACUUACACACCUCCCUCCACACCAAAUACACCAUCAGAUACACAAUAUCAAAUUUCAAAAUGGGAUACACAGGAAGGAACCCCCCCAACCCUCCUUUUUAUCAUAAUUUCCAAUGUGCUUUCCCCACCCCAGUGCUCAACCUGCAUUCCUGGAAAAAACGACGCAGUAGAAUCCAAAUAAAGGGUGUAAACCAUUAUUCUUCUAAGCAAGCCAGCAAAAAUAUUAUUAUAAGAUGAAAUGAAAGGCAAACAAGAACAGAUGCUCUGCUUUACUGCUAGAGCCAUUUCACUUUUGAGAUGCAAGGUUACCAUUAGAAGCAUUUUAAAUAAUCAGGCAGCACAGGAAAAAAAACAUUUAACCUGCUUGUGUUUGUUUGCAAACUACAAUGUGCUUUCUACUCCACCCUGCCCCCGCCCCUGCAGGAGAUAAACAAUUAAUUCAACUGUGUGAAAAAACUUUUCCUGUUUGCUUACUUUCCUACAACAAUGAAAAGGUUGCCCUUCAAUGAUUCCCCCCCACCCACAAGAUAUCUGUUGCAAACCACCAGACUGGAAAUCUCAACUUGGCCACUGGCUGGUGCUCCUGAAUAGCAAAACUGGCGAUAGAGUAAUUUCAAACGCUGUGUCUGGACCAGCGGCAUAGCAUUGUUUGCUGGUGCCCGGGGUGGGAGUGUGCAGGCUGGGUAGGGGCUAGGUGUGGAGGGCGAAUGAAACCUGCUGCACCAGCCUAGUGGACGCCACCAGGCAGAUGCAGAGUGUGAACGGAACCCGCCAUGCCAGCUCAGCCCUUGCCACCAGAGCCAAGGGGGGUUCUGCUGCACUGCCCACCCAUGCAGAGGGGAGCCUGGCCAGCCAACACUGGCCUUGGUGGGAAAAUUUUCCCCAAUGCCUGUCAAGAGGAGCACUGGGCCGGGCUACGCAAGGGUUGUCCUUUGCCUCCGUCCCUUCAUCUGUGCCUGCUCACCGUCUGAGCAAGGAGCAGGCCACUGCUGGCUGGGUUCAGCGAGCGGGCCAGGGACGUGGCAGUGGGGCUAGGCCAGGUUCUGGGGCCCAGAGACCUCAGACAGCAAGCAAGGCGCAACAGGUAACCCUGCAUGGGGGUGCCUGGUUCGCGCCCCCUCAAAAUUGUGUGCCCAGGGCCACGACCCCCGGCCCCCCACGCUAUGCCCCUGGCAUGUCCGCCCUCUGGGGAUGUUUCGUUUUGACUGUUUUUACACACUAAUACCACAUCCUGUAGAAUUCUAUCAGUUACCUUUUAUCUGUACAAUAAAAAUGAAUUUAAAGAUUCCUAACGCUUUUUUGUGCAGCUUGAGCAGGAACAGUGAACAGUGUUAUAGUUACCAGUAAUUGUUGUAGCUUGUCUUUGCUUACCCUACCCCUCUGCCCAGCUCACAGUUCUGAAGAGUAUUAUUACAUUAUGAAUGGUCUGUGUCACCAUUAAAAAAAAGAGAGGUAGGAAUAGGCCAAUAUAUAUGAGGAUAUCUUGACAGGAUAUUGUUAAAUUCUCAAAGUUUUUAACCUAGCUCAGGGUUGUUAUCAGAACUAGCCAGAUGUUUAAAUCAAUCACAGUCAGUUCAUCAUUUGAAAAAUAAGACUGCCUUGCCCCAAAAUGGCAACUAGACAUUCUGUUUUGGUGACUCUAACCUUGGUUUAAGGAGCCAUUUGGUGCGUAGCUUAUAUACCUGAGUUUCUAACACUGCUUUAAAGCCCUAUGGCCAUGGCCCUGUAUAGCUGAAGGAGCGUCUCCACCCACCUUGUUCAGCCCAGACACUGAAGUCCAGCUCCAAGGGCCUUCUGACAGUUUCCUCACUGCGAGAAAUGGAGUUACAGAGAACCAGGUGGAGGGACUUCUCCAUAGUGGCAUGCACCCUGUGGAAUGCCCUCUUGUCAGAUGCCAAACAGUUUAAAAAUUAUGUGACUUUUAGAAGACAUCUGAAGGCAUCCCUGUUUAGGGAAGUUUUUAAUGUUUGAUGUUUUAUUGUGUUUUUAAUAUCCUGUUGGAAGUCACCCAGAGUGGCUGGGGAGGCUAAUAAUAAUAAUAAUAAUAAUAAUAAUAAAUUAUUUAUUAUUUUAUUGACCACCUUUGGCACAUUACAGAAAGGUAGGGUAAAAUGCUUUCUUUAAUUUUAUUGAAACUAUUACAAAAAUAUUCAGAUUUAGAUGGAGCUGCCUGCAGCUUGAGCUGGUAAACAAGCGGGGGGGGGGGGAGAGUUAAAAAUAAAACAAAAGCUAAAAUCUGACAUUUUGGUAGACAAAAGUUAUGGUUACAUAAUUUGGGCAUAACAAAAAUAGCAUGUACAGCCCAAAUUUUAUGUAGAAACAAAAACCACAAUUUUCGGAGAAAAAAGUUGAGAAGAGAAAAGAAUAACCAUAGGAUUAGUUCUUUCUUUUUAGUGCUGGUCAGUGAUAUUUUAUUAGGUGCCCCAUAAACCUUCUGUUCAUAUCAGUUGGAAUAUUAUUUCCCCCACCCCACCCAUAGGUUUUGCAUCACUAGUUCAAUAAAUGGUUUGGUUUGGUUAACUUGAAAAAUGCUAGAGUGAUUUUGCAGCUCUGUCUGUAUUUAAGAGCCAAGAGAUACAAAAGUGAUCAUUUUUCUAGAUUGGAAGAAAGUGAAGAAGAGACCAGGAAAGGGGGUUGCUAAACCUUUUUAAAAAGCUCAUUAUUCAUGUCCACUUAUUACUAUUUAGAUCAGUUCCAUAUCAGUGUGUGCUUGCAGCUCGCUAUCAAACCAGGUCUUGGAUGACUUUGCUGUUGGUGGGUGGGUUAGGGGAUGGGGGGGAGUUGCAAUUCCACAAAUCAAAAUGGUGUAUCAUGAUAAAACCAUUGUUGGUAAGAGUGCUGUCUGAAAUGCUGUUCACCCUAAAAACUGGUGCUGUCUUAAUCAUUGAAUUGCCUCCUUUAAAAAAAACCAAAAAAGACAAAACCCCUUAUAAAACUAAAAAUGUACAGUGGUACCUCGGUUUUCGAACGUCUUGGAAGUCGAACGUUUCGGUUUUCAAACGCUGCAAACCCAGAAGUAAAUGCUUCCAUUUUCAAACGUGCCUCAGACGUCACACGGCUUCCACUGAGUCGCGCCCCCCCCUUUCUCUAUUGAAUUUGCAGGCUGCCCUUUGCGCCUUGGUUUUUGAACGUUUCGGAACUCAAAUGGUCUUCCGGAACGGAUUACAUUCAAAAACUGAGGUACCACUAUAUUUGCUAAAUAUCGCCUUGUAAGUAUUUUGCUUUGGCCCUCUUACUCAGUUGUGUCAGACUUAUGUUCUAGUAUCGUCCUCCCUGUUGACUGGAAGUAAUGGAACUGAGGUUCCUUUUAGUAUUUGCACAUGUUUGGGGCCAUGUGCUGUGAGACCAGUUAGGGAGGAAGUGGUUGCUGAGGCUGGGCAGUGAAGCGUACACCAAAGCAGAGACUGUUAACAACCGAAAAGGCUCCCAGAGCAGUUUGCAAAAAUCAGUAAGUCAGGUUUGCAAAUUAAAAGACACAACCCAAAAAGAAAAGGGCUUGGGAGACAGGCGGGGGAAAUGCAAACUUGGGCAUUUGUUUUUAGUCAUGAAGUUCUUACUACCAUCAGUUGGUUUGGAAGCAGUUCAAGGAGAAGAGGUGCCAAACAUUGCUGGUCUCUCAGAUAAGCUGAUAAAUUGGCUGUACUUAUCAUCUCUCCCUGGAUGCUGCAUAAUGGAAUGGCUGCUUCUGGAUGACAGUUUUGGGAAGACAAAUGCCCAAUGGGGUUGGCUUCAUUUGGGCAGGAGAAAAAUAGUGUUCUAGCACCUUGACCACCAAUAUAUGAACAUAGGAAGCUGCCUUUGGUCCAUCUAGCUCAGUAUUUCUAGGAUUUCAAGCUGGGGACCUGGAGGGGCUGAGGAUUGAACCUGAAACCUUGUGUAUGCAAAACAGAUGCUCAACUACUGAUCUACAGCCCUUUGUUAUAUGGCUGCACGUAUACUUCGACAAGUUUUGUUUCUUUUAUAAAACUCCCUGUGUUUGGUUCAAAACUUGUCGGAUGGAAAUGCACACUUGAAUUUGAACUUUGUUUCAAUUCCAUAUGAUGCCUACUCAUUUCACAAUUGGUGUUCUCCUUAAGCUCAAUUCUCCCAUGAAAAAUAUCCUUAGUUCUUUUCACUCUUUAACGGUCUCUCUUGUUUUUUGUCAUAAUCCUUCUUACUAUAUUGGCUCCAUUUUCUUCUGUCAUCUAACCCUGGUUAGAUUUUUCAUUUUUUUCAGUUUUAUUGAGCAGUUGUUUUUAAUUAGCGGGUUAACUCUUUUAGUAGAUACAGUAGUCUAUUCAAACUGAGAAGUACAAGCAUAAUCUAGUUCUCAAUAUUUUUAGGAAAAAAAUAAUCUUGGAAAGCUGUUUUCAGGCCAGAUUAUAAUUUAUCUGUACCUGUGGUAGUGGCCUUCCAGAUUCUGAAGCAAACAUCUUUCCCAUCACUUGAUACAAACCAUGAUUCAUGAUACAUUGCCAGGACAAAAAUUAUGAAAGCAAUAUCACAUUAUGGACUUUAAACCGGUUUUGGGCGAUAUAUUGCUCAGCCCCAAGACUAGGAAUUUAAUUUAGUGAUUUCUACAUGCAAAGCAUGUCUUCUGGGUCACUGAGCUGUUGCCCCUCCCCCCUUAGAAAUAUAAUUUCAUUAAAGUGGAAGUGUCUAACCCCUAAGAGGUUCGGCUGAUGGAAAGAGAUUUGUCCGUGACUCUCCUUUCAGCUUCAAGUAUGGGUGAGCAUCUGUACCUUUGUCUUCUGCGUCCACUUCUAAAACCUGUUCACUCUCCAAAGGAAGUCUGUUGGCUUUGCUCUGCCCAAAACAGAGCACAACUCAAAAUGCUAAUAUUUAUCAGUUUAAUAAUAAAUUUCCUAGUUCUUCACUAGCAGAUCCAGGGAAGGUUAAAGCAAUUCAAAAUUCAGAAUUAAAAACAUUUAAAAUAGUACAGUCUCAGGCUAGGGUAAAGAGGUAGCCCAAUGUGUUUCAGUCUAAAGGUUUCUUCAGAAAGGGAAGUUAGUGUCCCUGUUUCCUUUUCUCUUUCUUUUGGUGAUUGGCUUCGUAGGUACUUCCUAGUGUGUAUUUUUAUAGUUCUGAAAAGGGCAAGUUAUCCUGACUGUCUAUUGAAAAUAUUUGAUAUUUCUUAAUCUGAAGUAAUAGUGUUUGGAAUCAAAAAUAUAAGUUAUAAGCAACAUCUUAAAUGUAUUUCAACAUGCUUUGGAGUUACAACUGGUACAUGCAAGAAUAUCGCUACCAUUUGAUGUUGAGUUUGUUUUAACAAUCUCAAUUUACUUUUCUAAGCAAAAGGUUUAGAAAAUUAAAGGAGAAUGAAAAUAGAAAUAGUUUGGGGAAAGAGCCUUUCCCUUAUUUCUGAAAUGUGCCUGGACUGACUGAUUUAUCAAUCCACUGUUUUGUUCACAGGUCAAUACGGAAAUCCUCUAAAUAAACACAUAAGACAUUAUGAAGGCCUGUCAUAUGAUGUGGAUUCAUUACACCAAAAACACCAGCGUGCCAAAAGAGCAGUAUCACAUGAAGACCAAUUUUUACGCUUAGAUUUCCAUGCUCAUGGAAGGUAAGUAUCAGAUCAAGCUUAUUACUUUAUAUUCCUUAAAUUUCAUCAAAUAUAAAGGAAUGGUAAAGAAUUAACUUAAUAUUAACAUUGCAUUGUACUUAUAGUUAUGGUUCUUGGCUGUUGAAUUCCUUCAAGUUUUUCAUUCAAUGUGUAAAGGCACUUAGCACUUUGCACCUUUUUUCGGCAACCUGUUGGCUUCAAGACUUCAGGAACUGGACAGACUUUGACUAAUCUAGUUUACAGUCUGGGGCACAGUGAAAUCUCCUUUGUAUAUACAUAGCUGGUUUUUCAUCUGUUAAUGUUCAAGGCUGAGGUGCUGAAGGAAUGAAGGAUAAAUUGCUCCUUGCUGCAUACAUUUAUAAGCCAAUGCAGCUACAUUGUUUUUUUAAAAAAUAGCUGAAAAAAAUAACACGUUUGUUCUCUUUUCCUUUACUCUUGCUUUGCACACCACUAGCUCUGUUCUACUUGCAUUUACCAAAACUUUCAGAAGUUUAUCUUACAAAAUUCAAGUGAAUGUAAUUUUAGUGGAUAAUUGUUUGUGUAGAAACCGGUUGUGUCUCCAUCUAGCUCUUAAAAGUUGUAUAUUUAUAGUAUUUAGAAAUCGGUAGUUUAUUCCCAUAGUAGUAAUCCAGGGAUAGGGGACAUCUGACCUACAGAACAAACUUGAUCCACAAGGCAGUUUUCCUGUGACAGGUGGACUGGACAGCUUGACAUCAAUAUUAAAUGAAAAGCGAAAUUCAUUUUGGGAAAGCCUUUACUCUCUUGCGUGGUUCCAACUGUGAAUUUCCUCUCCGUUUUAUGGUCUGGGCCUGCUUUUCUGUUAGCUUAGGUUUUUUUAGUUAGAAUUACUAACAAGCAGAAGUAGAUGUAGGCCCAGCUAGUUAAUAGACCGGAUUACUGCAAAAGAGCUUUAUCCUAUACUUGGCUUCUUGCCGGAAAUGAAAGAGCAAAGAGAAAUUGCCCCGCUCUAACUAAUAAAAAUUUAUGGAUUUCUCCAAGAUUUCUGGGUUUUGGAGUGAGAAAAAGCUCGCUGCAAAUUGUCCUGCUUAGACCUGACUCCCCACCCCCAGUAUUUUGUCCCCUGCUUAUAAGAUUUUGCCAAGUGGUACUGUCUCUUGCAGCUUUAAUCAGAGCAGUAUUCCUAAUGUGUACUUCUAGGCAGGGGGCAGAUGUUUUCCUAUAAGUGGUUGAAAUAGGAAACCUAAAGAUUAUAAUAAAGGAAACUGGGAAUGCAUGGCUGCAGUACCAGAUGGUAUUUUGGGAUAAUUGGGCUACAUUGAUGGCCUAUGAAUAUCAAAGAAGGAAAGUAUUUAACAAGAUUCAGGAUGUUCAUUCUCACUCACACUCUUAACAGCUCAUGUUCUUGAGGUAUUUUUGUAAUUGAAUAUGGCCUGUAGCUUAGUAGUUGAGUACCUUGUUUGUAUGCAGAAGGUCCCAGAUUCAACACCUGGCAUCUUCAGAUAGGGCUUAGAAGAGAAUGCCAUCUGCAACUUUGGAGAACCCCUGCUGCCCAGUGUAGUCAGUAUUGAGCUGGAUGGACCCAGUUGUCUGACUCUGUAGAAGUCAGCUUUGUAUGUUCCUUUGUUUACAUUUAAGUUCUGUUGUCUUCCCUUUACAGACAAUUUAACCUUCGAAUGAAGAGAGAUAUGUCUCUCUUUAGUGAUGACUUCAAGCUAGAGAUAUCAGAUAAAGUACUUGAUUACGAUACCUCCCACAUAUAUACUGGGCACAUUUAUGGUAAGUUCAAUCAUUUUGUAUUUAAAAAGUUUGUUGUUGUCUUAAGUUAGUGAUAAAUCUGUUUUAAGUGUAAUAGUGAACAAUAGAUCAGGUCUCAAUAAUUGAAAUAUUUUUGGAAAGUCCACCUAAAAACUGCCUCUAAAAGUUGCAAGUAAUGUGGAUUUAAGCUGAAGUGCUCUCUUUCCAUUGGUUUUUUCAAAUCGCAUAAGCUAAAGCUACUUACCUCAGGCGAGCCUCACAUCUGGCCUACUGCCUUUAACUGAAGGUGCACUAUGUGUGCAUCCUGCCUGCAUGUAGCACCCCCUCACUGUUUUGACUGCACCCACUACUGGAGGACGACCUUCAGAAGAUUGGCUCUGAAGGAAGGUGGGCCUUGGGCUCAAAAAUAUUCCCAACUUCUGCAUGAGACCUUUGCACCAAUGGAGAAAAGGUGUAAGUCAUCUUUCAAAUUAAAGCCACUUCAGCAAUAUUUAGAUGGCCAAAGGUUUCUGAACUACAGCUGCCAUUAUCCCUGGCAAUUGGCCAUGCUUGCUGGGGUUGAUGGGAGUUGUCGUUCAGCAACAAAAGAAGGGCCAAAUAUUCCUCAAACCUGGAUUAAAUAAUUUAUUUGUAUGAAUUUAUAUGAAGUACCUUUGUUGCUUGUGUUAAAAUUCAAGCAUGGAUCCCUGUUAUGCCUUUGAAACUAAUAAAGCCACACAAAUAAAUGCAUAUAGCACAUGCUGCACUCACACACAUGCAGAUACUUUGCAUGUGUUUUUCAACCCUAGUUGUUGAAGGGUAAAUGAUCUUUAUGGAGAUACACCUAGGGAGGAUUAAGUGAUCAAUUGUUAUCAUGCAUAGAUGGAAUCAGGGCAAAGGUUUUUUAUAUAUAUAUAAAAAUUAGGAUCACACUACAUGUAUCAAUUGACCUACCAAUGCUAGGAUGUUUGCUUUUACCAAAAAAUAAAAAUAAAAUAAAAUAAUAAAAUAAAAAGAGUUUAUUGGCCAUUGUUAAUGUAGCUAUCACCUUCUGUACUUUCCUGCAUUUAAUUUCUUUCUGAUUGCACUGUUUACAGUUCUACCACCACUACCAGCUAUGUGUUUAUUUUCCUGUAACACUUGAAGGCAUCUGAAGAAGUGGACUGUAGUCCAUGAAAGCUUAUAUCAUAGUAAAUUUGUCAGUUCUUAAGGUGUCCCACAAUUUGUUGUUUAGCUAUAGCAGACUAACAUGACUUAACCCUUUGGAAAUUAUUAGAAAGGUUAUUAUUCCUUCAUAGCACAAAAAGUCAGCAAAUCAGUAAGUGGCUUGAUGGUGUCAGAAAUAUUGCAGGACAUCUUGUUUGCUAAAACUCAUUAUUUGUGUAUUGACAAAUAAUGUUCACAAAGCUAAUGUUACGAGUCUUUUUAUGGAUAAUUGAGACAUGUGUUGUUUUUUAAACUUUCGGAAUAAGUUUAGUCAACAUCUAUCAAAAAGACAUCCUUUUCAUUUUUCUGUGACUUUAAGGAAAAGGCUUGUUAAGAGAGUGGGAAUUUAAACAUUAAAGAACUGACCCUGCUAAUGAUGUUUUCACUAUUUAUUAAAACUAAUGAUAAACUGGAAUUGUACAGUUAUGUGCAGAAUGGUGUAUUACUUUUUUGACUGUUUGCCACCUGCUGAAAAGUGGUAAACAAUUUCAGCAAGAUUGGCCAACCGAACUAUUAUUUUCAGAGGUUAAAUCUGUGACAAAACCUCAUGGUAGAGGUUUUAUAAUAAGCUGGUUAAGCAUUCAUAUAAGGGUCACAUGGUAUUUAAUACAAUAUUUUUGAAGCAACUGGGAUAGCUCUGCAACUUUCCUGCUUUGAGCAAAGCAUGUUAAUGGUGGUUAAAGGAGAAGGCGGCUGGCAGGGGAGGGUAUCAGCUGUUUGCAAGCAUAGUUUAAGAAGCUUAAUUAUUGGUGGUUGAUGCCUGAGUAUGAAAACUGCCAGUGCACUAUUUUCUUUAAUCUUUUAUUUCUCCUCCAAAGGUGAGCAGGGAAGCUUUAGCCAUGGAUCUGUUGUUGAUGGAAGAUUUGAAGGAUUCAUUAAGACUCACACUGGGACCUUCUAUAUUGAACCAGCAGAAAGAUAUAUUAAGGACAGAGCCCUGCCUUUUCAUUCAGUCAUGUAUCACGAAGAUGAUAUUAGUAAGUAUUUCCGUUUAUCAUGUACCUUGAAAAUAAUCAGUACAGCACAAAUAUGUGCGACACUUGAUUUUUUAUGAAAGCAAACCACGUGAAAGCUGUUCCCAUACUCAUGUAGGCAUUCGCUGUUGUGCUACUGUGUAAAUAUAUGAUAAAAACCAUAAAUCUCUGACUGCAAGUGUGGGGAUGACAGAUGCCUAAGGGCUAACUUAUGGUGGGGUACAAACAACAACAGCAACAACACCACAUGGGAAGUGAUAUUACACAUAUAUCCUUGGUCUGGGAUACCAAAGUGUUAGGGAAUGCAUGUAACUGAAGAGUGACAUCACAGCUAUAAAUUGCCAUAGGUAUGUUGCCUUGGAAUGUUAUAUCAGAUGUGUUUCUUAAGCAAUAACUAUUAGUAUCAUACAAGAUAAAGGGUGGGCAAGACCUGCACAUAUUUUGUAGGUUUUGCAGAAGCAAUUUUCCUUAGUAUUUUAAUUUAUUGGAUGUGUUGCACUGGCUGUCAGUCUCUGAAAUUAAAUGUGUGGCUUAGCAGUUCUAGUGAUUGUCCGUGUCUUGAGGAUAGCAUUAGGGAAUCUUGGAAGGACUUCUGCCAGCAAUAAAGCUUUCCUUUGUUGUGUUCUGCUCUCUGUCCCUUUCCAUGACCCCUUUGUUGUCUUAAAAAAGGACCAGCCUAGUCUCUUCAUUAGGGAGGACAAAUUGGUGCUAGUGUAUGCUGGGGCCAUUGCUCUGGCUCCUGCCAACUUUGGUUAAAAAGCUAUCUGUUCAGGCAGUGUGCCAAGAACUUCUGGGUUCAAGUGAAAGGAAUGGGUAGUACAUUUCUUGAGAUCAUAUUAUGGAAAAUCAGUAGCCCAAGUUGAUAAGGAUAAUUAAGAAGAUAUAGCCAAACAUAGUUCAAAUCAGCUCCUAUCUUCCACCUUCAUCAACUUCUCUGUUGUCUCUGCUUUUUAUUAAAGCUUCCUUGAGGUUCCUGUUUGUCUUCAGUUACCUCUUCUUCUGGGAUCCCUUACCUCAGAUUCCUUCACCUCCUUACCUCAGAUUCCUUCCCAGUUCACAGCCUUCUUUGCAAGGCCUCUGCCCUUAAAGUCUGUAUUAGUUUCUAAUCUCAGGCAUUUUCACCUCUCCUGGAAAGUGCAUGACCAACAUUCCAUCAGCUUUGAGCUUUAGAAUGUUUAUGAACAGCCCUUGCCAUCCCAGCAGCUUAGUUAAUACUGUUAGUCUUCACUCAUGAGCUCAGAUACAUAAUACAAUCAACAACCAAAAUUUUCAUUGCACUGUUCUCAUUUUGCAACUGGCAACGGACCUUUUGAGAUUGGUUGGAGAUGUCCAGGAUCCACCUUUGUGCCUAGCAUCUCCAGCUGCCUGUCUGCUGGGCACCACUCUGCCCCGCAAAACACCUGAUUCGCCAAGCAGAGCAGCUGCAAAAGUCUCUCUCUCCCCCUCUCCCUCUCCCGAAAGGGCUGGGUGGGCUCUUCACAGCUGCUGAGCUGGCCGGUUCCAUAAGUUUGAGCCGGCAGGAAAGAGGGCACUAUCCUGGCUGGUUUACUUCAGCUGCCUAGAAGGAAAAGGAAAGGCGUCGAAGGGGAGUUUUAUUUCUCUCUCUCUCUCUGGGAGAUUUUCUUCUCAGCAUGCUGUGGGAUUAAAAUGGCCAGAACUUUAUUGAAUUCAGGUGUAGGUAAGCCUUGGCAUAGGCCAGGCUUCCUCAACCUCGGCCCUCCAGAUGAUUUGAGACUACAAUUCCCUGCUAGCUAGGGAUCAUGGGAGUUGUAGGCCAAAAACAUAUGGAGGGCCAAGGUUGAGGAAGCCUGCUAGGCAUUGGGCGUUUGUCACUCUCCGCCCCCUGCUGAGGUUCUGAGGCAUGACAGGGUCAGUUAGGGGAAGAAGGGUCCAACGCAAAAUGCGAAUUUAUGCUGCCGGACCCUCUCCAAUUUGCUGAAGGGAGCUCUGUGGCCUUUCCUCCAUGCACUUCUGACACUUGGACAGACUCCCCUCAUGACCCCUCUUACCCUGUUAUUGCCACCGCCCUUCCUUGCUUUCUUCCUUCCCGAUCACAGCAGCAGCGAGUCUUGCAUUAACAAUGGAGAUGUGGGGGGCUUUGGACAGGGAAGUGAGCACUCACUUGCUCUCUGAAGAGCUCAACAGCUAUUCUUGGGAUAGCAGUGCCUUGAAAUCUUUUUAGAGAGAGGGGGAAAGGGGAGGAGAAGCUGGAGCCUUUGAGGGGAGAGAGAGCCAGGAGCAGCCACUUUGCCUUGAGAUCUCACAUCAGUACAGGCAAAGAAUUUUUCUCAGCUGCAGAACCUCCCCCACCUUUACAUCUAACCCAACUAUACCUACUCUGCUAUUAGUUUAGCAGCUGGAUUGGAAGCAAAGUAUGGAAUUGGCAAGGCUACAAAGGAGAGGUAGAGAUAGAAGAUACUACUGCAAACCCAAAUGUAUGGGAGCAAAACAGCUUGAUGUUCCUGUUUAGGACAUUCAUUUUGGAAAACUAGUUUUUAUACAAACAGACCACCUUGACGGUGUCCAUCAUUUUGUCUGAGGUUUAUCAGAUCAAAUUCAGCUGACAGAGAAUAAAGUGAAUUUAGUGAGUGAGUGAUUGUGAGAAGUCUUCUAUCCUGUGCUUUGAGGCACUCUACACUAUGGGAAGGUAACAAGACAGGCAUCAGCUGAGAAGAUUGUUUGAGAUAGACAAAAUAUGUAUUUCUAAUGGAUGAGCCUGUUGGUUGCCGGAUCUUUCAGUUUUUGGCAGGAAUAUCCUUUUAGCGGCUUUUCAGGCACAACAAUGCAACAUAUGUUUAGCAUCACAAUGAAGUCUUAUUCAGAGUUUAAACAAAAGCCUAUUCUGCAAGUGGGGAUCUUCUUGUCCACUUUCUACAAAGCCCUUUGUCCAUGUUGCAGUGAAAUUGGUGGCCAGUAAAAGGUGACCUUUCUAUUCUAAUUUCAAAAUAGGGUGAACUAUUUUAGAUUCUUACUCUUGGAUCUUGAUUCAUACUUUUUAUGUGACUGAUGUUAAAUAUGUAAGUGAUAACAUAAUUUCUUUUUAAAAAAUCCUUUCUAUUCUGUUUCAAGAUGAAUUGUCUUCAUUAACUAGUACUCGUUCUUUGCCGUAAGCCAGUGGUUUUCAACCAGUGGCGCGGCACCCUGGGGUGCAUUGAAUGAUGGUCAGGGGUGUCAUGGGCAAUUUUCCUUCUCCCCCCCCUCCUCUAAUGCCCUCUCCAAUCUCUGCCUCCCAAAGGCUUGCACAGCUGUUUGUUGCAGCAGCCCUUCUGCCACCCAAGAUAAGGUACUGUGCUUAUGUUCACCUUUGGCCAGUCUCUGUUGGGCCACUAAAGCUGGGGGCAUCCUCUGCCCAAGCCCCUGUGGGGUAGCAGGAGCAGACACCUCUUUGGGGGGGCAGCUCAGAGACCAGGGGUGGCUGCAGCGGCUGCCCAGAGGACUCCCGAGGAGAGGAAAGGAGGCUGAGGGAGGGUAUUCAAAAAAGGAAAAGAGGCUGUCAGCUCUGCAGGCAAGGAGUGAUAUAACUGGGCUCCUGAGCACCACAGGGGUGUUGCAGAAAAAAGAUAGUUGGUCAAGGGAGUUGUGGACUCAAAAAGGUUGAAAACCUCUGCUGUAAAGUUGUGUUACGAAAUGCAGAAAUCACUGACAAUUUUCUCGUAGAGCAAGAUUUGCAGUUUAAUCAUGGCUUUUUAAUAUACUAUUGGUGCUAAAUAAAUGGUGGGUGGUAGGAAAUGGGACUGCUUUGGGGCUUGUUGGCACAUUUGAUUAUACCCCCUUUUCUUUCAUAUGUUCAGAUCAGAAUUAAAAGCUGAUAAUACAAUCAGAAUUGUAGAGUUGGAAGGGACCCUGCGGAUCAUCUACUCCAACCCCCUCCAAUGCAGGAAUAUACAGCUGUCCCUUAUGGGAAUCGAACCUGCAACCUUGGCACUAUCAGCACCAUGCUGUAACUAAGCUACCCAGCUGAAGAAAGUUUAAAGAGAAAAGAAACUAUCUAGCAGUAGAUCUAGAUCAGCACCCAUUCGAAGCUGUGAUAUUAUGAAGAAAAUAUUGAUUAAUUGGUCAAAUUGCAAAUGCAAAAGCUGGUAUAUAUCUAAUUUUAGCAUUAAGUAGUACUUUGUUAAAUAUUUUCUAAAAAUAGCUUGACUGAAUCCUUCCCCCACCAAGUGCCUUGGAUUUGCUUUAUAUAGGAAUGCUUGUUUUGUUUGUUAUGUCAUAGUGUUUCUUAAUACAUACCAGGAAAAUGAAAUAAGUCAUAAUAUAAUACAGUGAACAGCAUUCUUGUGAAAUGAUAUUUUUAAUGAGAGAAGAUGUGCAUACUGGAGCUUUCAAAUUCUAUUUUUACUACUUUAACUGUAUUUCACCUUACUGUAGAGGAUUGCAGUUGGGAAAAUAGCCACCUGGAAGAUUGUGCUUGUUGAGACUAGAUUUGGUCUCGUGACAUUAAAUCAUGUCUCAGAUCUACAACCAUGUUUCAAGACAGAAAAGCUCCCACUGAAAUCUGGGCAUUUUGCAUAAAAAUUCAAUUUCCCCUGAGCUUCAAGAUCCAAGGUUAGGGGCAGGAAUGCAUUGAAUAAGGUGAAGUGUGUCCUGCUGAACUCUGUGCAAAUGUGACCACACUGUUUUUUGCAUCAUCGUAUAGAGUAGUAAUGGUGACGCAAGUAACCUCCGGCCCUAGAAGUCAUAGAUGAUGUGUAUAUUAUGUAUUAUAGCAUCAUUUACUUAAUUGGGAUGAAAAAAAUAAACCCCAAAUUAAUAUAUAUUGCUUCUCCUUCUUUGACUGAGUUCAGGUCCAAACGAACACAUGAGUAAUGCCAGUGUUCUUCUAGAGCAUGAGUUAGGCAUCUUACUGAAGGGCUGGCUAACCUUGCAGACGCUCCUGGACUACAACUCCUAUAAUGCCUGGCUGUAUUUUUUAAAUUUAUUAUUAAAUUAUUAUUUUUUAUUGGCUAUGCUGCUUCUUUGCCUCAAGAAUGCUACCUGAGAGCCAGUCAGGGUAUAUUACCUGGUCACUGAACUCCAUGCUCUGGUAACCUCCCAGUCAGACUUCGCAAUGUGCACUAUGUGGGGCUGGCCUUGAACAUGAUUUGUCAACUUCAUCUUGUCUAAAAUACUGUGGCCAUGUGAUCAGCUGGGGUUUCAUGUAAAAUGUACAUUAUCUCUGUUUUGAAACAGCUGUAUUGGUUGCCAGUUAGUUUCUGAGCCCACUUCAAGAUGCUGCCAUAAAGUGCUAAAUUACUCAGGCCCCAAAUAUCUGAAGAACUACCUCUUUCUUUAUGGAUUCUGUCAGAUGUUAAUAUGUGCAGAGAGGGCCUACUUGUUAGUUUCAUUGCCCUCAAGAAUCAUGGGGAGGGGGUUGCAGCCCAGGAGGGGGCAUAAUGGGUGAUCGCUCCUAGUGUCAAGCAGUUUUCAUUGUUUGUUGAAUACACCCCCUUUACCUUGGACUUUGACAGAUGAGAUUUUUGUGAGGCCACCUGUAUCGCCUUAUACAUAUCUUUUGGUUUGUUUAAAUUCCUUUAUUAGCUUCCUCUAGACGAACCAUGAGCUUGUAACCAAAGUCUGCUUUAGAGUUUACAGUUCAUGGUCUUGUCCAUAGUGAGACAAACCACAAGCCAAAAAAAAUGGAUAACAUUUUAAAGCGAAACCAUGGCUUAACCUCACAGGAGGUCCAGAGGAGGAGCACAGUAUCCACACACACUCACAUUUAUAGUAAACCAUGUUAGUGUUACAUGUGAAUGAGUCCUCUACUUGUGCAACCUGCUGGUAGCAGUGGCAUUUGGGCCUAAUUAUUGCUCAUAUCAGUAAUAACAAAGUUGCAGCUGGAGGCACUAUUUAACAUUAGAAAACAGUUUGUAAAUAAUUGCAGCCUUCUUGUGAGCAUGCGGUAUCAAACCAUGAACAUCUCUUUGUUGGCUCCUCUUUGUACAUACCUACUACCUGAUUCUUCUGUGCCUCUCCAGUAUGCAAGCUCUUAAACGCUGCAUAGUCAAAACUGACAUAGUCCUAAUAAGGACUGACAUAGUCCUAACUGUUCAUUGGCAUUAGUUAACUCUUUCCCCCCUUUUUAGUUACUUUGAAAUCACUGUAAUCUUAAAAUAGGAUUUGUUUGUUUUAAACUUGGAGGGAAAUGGAUAUCUUAAGUUCAAAAUGGCUUAUGUGGGAAGCAUCCAGAUUGUCUUCACUAAAAAGAUUUGAUAGUAACUUACAAGUAUUAGGCAGAUCUGUCACUAGUUUCAUAAUUAAGAUCCAACUAGUCACUUGCUUUGUGUUCUAGGAUACCCACAUAAAUAUGGACCACAAGGUGGCUGUGCAGAUCAUUCCGUAUUUGAAAGAAUGAGAAAGUACCAAAUGACUGGUGUAGAAGAGCCCAUGAGCCAGGUAUAUAAAUAUAAUCAUUUACUCCUGACCCCCACUACUCCGUAUUAGGAUGCUCAUAGCUUUGUAAAGGAACUUACACUCUUUAGCCAGAAGCCAAAGAGCUGUUUACUGUAGCCAUGACCAAGGAUCAUGCCUUGUGAUAACUAUGUCAUUAUUGCAGACUCUCCCCCUUCAGUUUCAAAAAGGAAUUGAUAUAUGUCAUAGGAGGACUGUAUGAGAAAUACAAGCUCAAAGAACCCUUGAUGGCACAAAACUAGUUAAACUGUUACUUGGAUCUGAAUCAUAUUACCUGAUAAUGCAGUUUACAUUAAAUUUCCUGAAGCUUUACAGUCAAGAACAUGGAUACCAUUAAGCUAAGUUGAUUUAUUAGGUUUUCUGAUUUUGAUUAAAAGUUAAUUGCAGCUUUUAAGAACAUUUUAAAUACCUGUCAGUAGCAGGCCUAAAAACUUGGCUGAAAAUUUCCUCAGGCUGCAGAAAUGUGUCUUUUUUCAUUGAAACUUCAUUCAUGCAUUCAGCUGGCUCAUGAGCUAUUUUAUUUCCUCUUAGUCCUUAGAUAAACUUUGCAUGUGCCAGAUUAAUUGGAGGCAAACAUUUUUAAGAGCCAAGUCACUGUGCCAGUACGUAUGGUAAUAGGGGAAUGUGGCUGGAUUCAAGCAACUGUAAUUGUGGACAGUGCAGAGAUGUGUCAGACCACUCUCUCACUAAAGAGGACAGCCAAGUCCUGCAUGAUGGAGGAUAGAAGCUUCGGUGUUGAACACAUCUUUGCAUAUUACUGCAUCAGAAUUUAUCAGCCAAUACAAAUUGUUAGUCACCACUUGCCCACAGAUACCUUCUACGUGUUGGAGCCCUGCUUGAUUUGAAGGUUCUUAACAGGCCUUAUUUUCUCUCAUCCUUUCCCGCCCCCCCCUCCCCCGUUUUUAAUGCAGAUUGUCACUAUUGUGUUACAGUGCAUAACGUUUUUCGUUGUGUGUAACUGAGGCUGCAAUCCUAAUCCUACUUACCCAGGAGUAAGCCCCACUGAAUUCAAUAGGAUUUACUCCUGAGUAGUCAUGGUUAGGAUUGUGCUGUUGGUCUCUGUAUUCUUUGAACUGGAAGGCUGUAUAGAAGUGUUAUUUAUCUAUAUUGCUAAGCUCCUUGGCUUUGUGUGCUACAGCAAAGUUCAGAGGAAUCUGCCAAUCAUGGCCCAGAGCUUUUAAGAAGAAAACGAGCUGCUCAAGCUGAAAAAAACACUUGUCAACUCUAUAUUCAGACAGACCACCUAUUCUUUAGAUAUUAUGGAACAAGAGAAGCUGUGAUUGCGCAGGUAAGUGUUUAAGCUAUUGCUUCAAGUGAGAGUUUUCUUUUAAAGGAGGUGAAAGGAGGAUGUCCUUUAUGUAAAAAGUCAUCUUAAUGUACAACUGCCUACAUUGUUCUUUUCUGGGAAAUUGUCAUGUAUACAACUUUUUGCACAACACAUAAAAAGGACAUUGUCAGCAACAGAACCUAUAGUUACUUGUGGAUGUGCACUAUGGGUAUUUAUGUAUCUCUAGAACGUACGAUAAAUGCCCAUGCAGGGGGUGGACCCUGAAAUUUCCCUGGGAUGUGGUAGAGCACAUGCUUCUUAAUAUACAAAAGGUUCCAGGUUCAUCUCCAGGUAGGAUUAGAACCCUAGAGCAACAGCCUGUUAUUUUGUACUGCUUUUAAUAGUUUUUAAACUGCUUUUAUAUUGCUGUACAUGGCCCUGACAUAUUUAUGAGGGUGGUACAUAAAUACUUCUUUAAAUAAAGAAGUAAAUGAACCAAAUGAAUCAAUGGUUUAAGGCAGCUCCCUUGACAUUUUGCCUCUCAGAGAACUACAUGCACAGAUCUUUAACCUUCUUCUGUUUCAGAUUUCCAGCCAUGUUAAAGCAAUUGACACAAUUUACCAGUCAACAGAUUUCUCAGGAAUCCGAAAUAUCAGUUUUAUGGUGAAACGAAUAAGAGUAAGUACUCUGUAAUUUAAUUUUUAGAAUUUCUGUUCCUUGCAAGCUCUAGCUAACUUAGCCAUUCCUGCUAAAUAAAGUGUUUUCAGUUGCCUAUUAUUUAUUCCAGUAGUCCAGUGCUGGUGAACAUACUGUUAAUUCUUACCCUAUUUACACUAAUGGAAUAAAAGAUGUGGAGGCAACUUUUGAAUCUUCGCUACAAAUGAAACCAGCAACAAAAUGUUGCAUUGAGAAAUGUUCUUGGUCAGGGUGCCAGCCAGCCAUACCUCUUCCAGACUACCCAUUUCAUUCCUCCUCCCGCAGCUUGCCAUCCUCCCCCAAACACAUUCAGUCUUCCAUAGCCGCAGAGCAGCGUGAAGUUCUUCCCUCUUGUGUGUGGUACCAUUUUGACUAACAUAAGCAUUGAGAUUCUCCUCCAAAUUCCACUAAUAGAGGGGUGGACUGAGUUUCUGAAAAUCUCAAGGAAAAUCAGUUGGUGAAAUUAGAUUAUUUACUAAGAAGCCCUGCCUAGUAUAGUGGAGAAGUUUUGGACUUUGCAUUUGGGUCUGAAUACCUGCUCAGCUUUGGAACCCGCUGGUGGGCUUAGACCUAGUCACUUUGUCUCAGAGAGAUUAUAUAAUGGAAUAUUAAUAAUUUAGUGCUCAGACUUGAUGACAUGAAAAACAAACCUUACGGGUUUGAGAGCAAUAAGAGGCAAAUGUUAUUUCUUUCCACCCUUUCUUAAGUGUAUGAUAGGCUGUCCGUGUGUGCAGAGUGAUGUUGACAAUCUGACACUCAGAUUUAUUUAUUUUUUUAGUUUCAAUCUUUCAUUCACUUGUUUCCAUGACCUCCUCACACCUCCCCUUUUGUAUUCCACUUAUAUUAGUUGUUUCAGCAAUUCCUUUCCAUCUUCCUCUGCUUUCUAUCCUAUAAUUAUCUUAACACAUUUUGACCUUAUUUUCCCCUUUAAUUCUCUAUUAAUCUAUUUAUACUUAAUUCCUUAUAACAUUUCUGCUGAAGCCAUAUAACUUCAUUUCAACAUUUUUCUAACAUUCAUUGAUUUUACAAUAUUUCUGUAAAUAGUCUUUAAACUUUUUCCAAUCUUCCACCGACUCUUCUCCCUGGUCUCGGAUUCUGCCAGUCAUUUCCGCCAAUUCCAUAUAGUCCAUCAACUUCAUCUGCCAUUCUUCCCGGGUGGGUAAAUCUUGUGUCUUCCAAUACUUCGCGAUGAGUAUUCUUGCUACUGUUGUAGCAUACAUCCUCUGACACUCAGAUUUUGGGUGUGAUAUUUUAUCUCCAUUUUCUGGCCAAUAUAAAUUUUAUGCCACUCCAUCUGUACUAUUGGGUGAUGGUAUUGAGGCCCUGAAGCUUUCCUAUAACUGCAAAUGUUCUUUGAUUCCAAUUACAUUUUCCCUUAGAGUUCAAGGAAUUUCUCCUCUGCAUUUGCUUCCUCUUUGUUUAAAUUUACUAGCCCCUAGGAAUUGGAGUACAUCUGUUGAGCUUAUUACAUUGUUACCAUUUACUUGUUGUCCUUGGGUGGUGAUUAAAGCAGUUCCUUGGCUCUUGGCAAAUAAUCUUUUCUCUGGUCCUGUGUCACUUCAUACCAUGCCUCUUAAUGACUGCAACAUCAAGCCACAAAUUGCAUGUGUUGAACUGCUUUUGCAGAUCAAGCACCACAGAGUUUUCUUUCCCCCUCUCAAUGCUUUUCAGUGGGUACUGUUCAUAUAAUUCAUUUCUGAGUCACUGAAUGUUAAACUGGUGAGAUUGAGUAAUGUAUAUUAUUAUAUCUGUGAAUCAGUCUUUUGCAGUGUGGAUUCUUACAGUGAGCAUAGGUUACAUAUUUGAAAAGCUGCUACUUGGCUAGCAAGAGUUAUUUGACACCGCAGAACCUUUUCUUUUAGAUCAACACUACUCAAGAUGAAAAAGACCCUACCAAUCCCUUCAGGUUUCCAAAUAUUGGUGUGGAGAAAUUUUUGGAACUCAAUUCUGAGCAGAAUCAUGAUGACUAUUGUUUAGCCUAUGUGUUCACUGAUCGUGAUUUUGAUGAUGGUGUCCUUGGCUUGGCUUGGGUUGGAGCACCUUCAGGUAAAAAAAAAAAAAGUUUAUGUUGCUUGAGUGAAGUAUAGAGGGCAUCUUGUGUGUUUAAGAUCUUAAGAUCAAGACCAAUCUGGCAUCUCCAGUUAAAAUGAUAUCUAUUAGCAAGGAUAUCUAUUUACCUGUAUCCUGGAGAGCUGCUGCCUGUCAGUGUUGUGGCAAUGGCCUGGCUCUAUACACAGAGUUCCAUCAUGGCCAAAAUUCUUAAAUGGUUGUGUUGCCUAGUUUAAAUGGUUAAACUCCUAGUGUUACUGAAAGGCAGCAUACCUUGCUACCUGGCAGGCUUGCCUGACUGAGGUGAUACUUCUUUUCACUUAUACUACGUAGUUGUCAUGUGCUCCUUACUCUCACAAGAGUAUAUGAGGCAAAGGAGAUUAACUUCCACCCUACAGCUGAAGUGUUGAAAUAAAUCUUAACCAGCCAGAAAAAAAGUUACAGCUUUUCCUAACCUGAUGACCUCCAGACAUUUUGGACUACAACUCCUAUCAGCCUCAGCAUCAUAUGGCAGUGCUGGCAGCAGCUGAUAAAAGUUGUAGUCCAAAAUACCAGGAGGGCACUGUGUUGGGGAAUUCUAUGCUAGACAAUACCAGAACAACUGCCAUUUGGUAUCAUCAGUGCCCAUUUAAACUGUGUACAGUGGAACCUCUGGUUAUGUACCAUCCUCCUUACUUUGGGUAACGAGCUCCGCUAACCUGGAAGUAGGUGUUCUGGGCAGCAAACUUUGCCCCGGGAUGCGAGUGGAAGUCACAUGGUGGCAGUGGGAGGCCCCAUUAGCAAAAGCGUGCCUCAGGUUAAGAACGGUUUCGGGUUAAGAACGGACCUCCGGAACAAAUUUAAGUACAUAAACAGAGGUACCACUGUAGUAUAAAGGGAAGAGUCUUGCUUUUCAAUUAAGUGUCUAAAGCUGCCCUCAUUGCAGUUAACCAAAGUGGAAGGAUCAUCUAGCACAGUCCAAGGCUAGAAGGAUGUGAAACUCAAACUAAUUUCAAAAACCCUUUGCAAGCAGUCAGUUCAAACCUUUGGCAAGAGUGGCCAGUCCAUUCUGCAACAGUCUCUGGGAUACAGAGGAAGAGGAAAGAGAAGGCAGUAGUAGAAUGAUAGACUACAAGUUGUUUUUCCCACUGCUAACUGUAGCCCAUUGACAGAAGACAGGUUGCCUUGCUCAUGUCUGGUCUUUGGAUAGAGGUAACUUCGCUUGUUUACUACUUAAUGUCCAGGUUCUGCCUAAGAGCAAGUGGCAAAGCAGAUCUGCUUCUGUUUCAAUGGGCUUAGGGAAAGGCUAUAGUUCAGGGGCAGAGCACCUGCUUUGAAUGCAGAAUAUCCCAGGUUAAUCCCAGCAUCUCUUAUGUAGGGCUGCGAAAGGCCCUGUCUGAAACCGGAGACUUACUGCCAGUCAGUGUGUAGACAAUACUGAGUUAGAUAAUUGGCAUAAGGCAUUAUCCUGUAGUCCUUUUCAGGCAUUGUCAUUAGGAUUUUCCUUUUUGUACUUAUCCAAGUCACCUUCGGGGAGCAAGCCUUAAACAGGAGAAUGUCUUUUGAACUGAUUAUGGUUUGAACUCACUAACCACUAUACAGGUGACUUAUGGGUGUUUCACUUCAGGGCAUUUAGGUGCAUGAAAUACACUUUAGGGCAUUUCUCUACACAGCAUUUGGAUGGCAAAAAUAACUUCUUUUUUAAGCUGCUUUGGGAGUCAAUAUUGACUGAAAAACAACAUAUACAUUAAUGAGUAAUGUAUAGAAGAAGGAGUGAAAAUUAUCAACCUUAUCCUUCUGCAAAUAUCAUUUUUAAAGCCCACAGACGGCUGGUUAUUUUGGCAACUUGCAUUAUUUUUCUGCAGACGUAACAUAGCCCCUUCCUCAAAAACAAACAAACAAAACCUUCGAGAGACUACUGUUAACCUCUGCAUACCACAAUUUAUGUUAUUUUCAGGUCACAACCUAUCCCACCAUCCUAUUAAAAUUCCUGUUGAUCAGUAGUUUCAUCUUCAGGAAGACAAUUUUGGAUAACUGGUAACUCAGAAGUGGGUGUGACUUGUCUAACUGAUAUUUUUGUCUUUGUGGUUUCAACCCAAACUUCCCGAAGAACAGUUGGUCUGUAAAUAUACUCUUAAGAAUGAGUCAUACUGCUUGCUGAGAUAAGCAGAUAUUCUUAGGCUAAGUACUUUGCAACAGCAAAGUGUGCUAUUUAAGCACUUGAACUGUAGCACUUGGAAGAAUCACAGUUUAAGAAGCACAUAUUUGAGGACCUCAAGAAUUUAUAGUCUACCCCUGCAAGUGCAUGUUGACCUCCAUAUAGAAUAGACUGUUGGCCAUUGGGGGUUGCAGCUGAGGGUGGGAAAAGUUUGUGGCUUUGUCUCUGCCCCACUCCGUCUCUCUCUGAAAGCCAUAUGAAAGGCUAAGGGUCACAUAAGGGCUGCAGGUUCUCCUCUCCAGUAUAAGAUAAAACUUUUUUUCCUCACUGAGGCAUAGUUUGUAGCCCCCCCCCAAAAAAAAUUACUUCUCCUGCUAAAAUCCUAAGAUCAUAGAGUCGUAGAGUUGGAAGGGACCACAAGGGUCAGCUAGUCCAACUUCCUGCAAUGCAGGAAUGUGGGGCUCAAACCCACAAACCUGAGAUUAAGAUUCUCAUGCUCUACUGAUUGAACUAUCCCAGUUGUGAGACCCUUUCCAAACUUGGUGACAGAGUGGAAGGCCAGUGAUACAUGCUGGAGCAAAGAAUCAAAACUUCAAAUAGAGCCUGAAUGGAAUGAUAGGAUUGUGGAAAGUGGUCAUAGGAUCAUGGAAAGCUGCCUUGCACUGAAUGAGACCACUGGCCCAUCUAGCUUGGCCUUGCCUACACUGACCAGCAGCUGCUCUCUAAGGCAGGCUUCCUCAACCUCGGCCCUGCAGAUGUUUUUGGCCUACAACUCCCAUGAUCCCUAACUAGCAGGACCAGUGGUCAGGGAUGAUGGGAAUUGUAGUCUCAAAACAUCAGGAGGGCCGAGGUUGAGGAAGCCUGCUCUAAGGUAUCAGCCAAUUCGUAGGAAAAACUCACUGUGUCAGUUUGUUGUUCUGUGGCAGAAGUUCUGUGUUGGAGAUUAUUCAAAACGAUACUAGAGGUGGGGUAGUAAUGUUACAUAAACUAAAGCAGUUCCUCACUUAACCCCAAGCAAUGAAAUGUCCACUUAAGUAAAGUGUGGAAUGUGCCAGAAAUUUGAACUUCUGAUGGAAGGGAAUGCUUUGCAGGGGAUUAAACAUGGCCAAUAAAUCUGCCUGUCAUUCACUCUUUGCACAAAGAGCUUUGUUACAGUUGCUCCUUGCUAAUUGUGCCAGAAUAUAGGGUGAGAUGUUUUGAUAUCAAAAGUAAUGGCGAGAAAAGCUCUAUUGUGGCAUUUUCUUAGCUGGAAUAUUUAUUCAUAGCUUUCUAGUGAAUCUAGAAUAAUCCCCUUUUAAAAUGCUUUUGCUUAAUUUUAACUGCAGGGAGCUCUGGUGGUAUAUGUGAAAAGAGCAAGCUUUAUUCUGACGGCAAAAAGAAAUCCUUAAAUACUGGCAUCAUCACAGUACAGAACUAUGGUUCCCACGUCCCUCCUAAGGUCUCUCAUAUCACCUUUGCACAUGAAGUUGGACAUAACUUUGGUUCUCCAGUAAGUAUGAGUGUUACAGCUGCAUUCCUAGCUAGCCCUGCUUCUACAGCAGAUUAGGGGUACCCAAGAGUUGUGCUGAAAUCCUCCCCUCCUGUUUUGUGUAAAUAGAACUGAUGUGAGUUGUGCUUCUCGCAAGUUAACAGUUUGUUGCCUUGACUCUUGAACGUGGGCAAUCAGGAAUUAUCAUACUUUCACAGUGCACGUAUGACCUUGUGCAACAGAGCAAAUGCUUCUCUCUCUCUCUCUCUCUCUCUCUCUCUCUCUCUCUCUCUCUCUCUCUCUCUCUCAGAGAAAUGACAUUUUAGAGCCUUUGCUAUGGCAUAGUUGAAAGAAUACUGCCUUGUUCCUAUACAGUUUGGCCUUGUUUUUCACAGCCUGCAGGGUCACAUGUGCUAGCAAGCUUCUGCAAGAUAGAUGUUAACAAGGACUGAACUCUGCUUUCCAAGAACAUGUCCUUUGCAAGCUUCAGUGAAAUUACUAGGACUUGUGUGAGAUGUGGCAGGAGUAGUUUGCAAUAACCAUGUGGAAUGUGCUGUUUGUAUAAAUACAAAGGCGGACACACUCUCUUGUGUGGACACAGUUAUUGCAACUUGACUUGCUAAAAUGUAAGCAAUGAUAUAUAGUCUGGUUAACAUAAUGUGGAGAAUCCAUUUCUUUGUCCUGGCUUUUGAUAGUGUUAAAUAUAACUCUUAUCACUUAUGCCAAAUGUUUAAGAAAAAAUUGCCACGUCUCUUAUGGUUUAUGUGACUAGCUUGUAGUGAUACUGAACACCUUCCACUGGGAUAUAAAACAUGUUGGGAUUAGCAAUGCCAAUUUAUGCUGAACUUGGAGUUUGGAUGCUCAAAGCACUUUGAAAUAUUAAAAUGUUUUUUGCUUUCAUAGAAUUAUAGAAUUGGAAGAGUCAUAGAAUCAUAGAGUUGGAAGGUGCCCAUGGGUCAUCUAGUCCAACCCCCUGCAAUGCAGGAAUCUCAGCUAAAGCAUCCAUGACAGAUGUCCAUCCAACCUCUGCUUAAAAACCUCCAAGAAAGGAGAGUCCACAAGCUCCCAAGGGAGAAUGUUCCACUGUCAAAUAGCUCUUACUGCCAGAAAGUUUUUCCAAAUGUUUGGUUGGAAUCUCCUUUCUUGUAACUUGAAGCCACUGGUUUUAUCUAUUGCUAGAGUGGUUUGUUGUGGUUUUAAGUCUAAAUUUUACUUCAGUUGGUGCUCAGACUGUUCAUAUUGUGCAGAUAAGGGGAUAACAUAUUGGUUAUUAAUGGAUAGAAACAAUCUAUUGAAUGUAAGAAAAAUAUAAUAUUGCUUAUGGGUGCUGGUUGGUGAAUGUUCUAUGAAAAGUUUCCAAGUUAAUUCCAGGAAAACUGGCUGCAAAUAUAAUUUCUCCCUAACCCUGCCUGCCUCUUAUCCUGGGGACAUUCACUCCUCCACUAACACUAUUACUGUAAAGCUGCCUUUAAGACAACAGAAAAUUAAACCGAGAAUUAUCUCUCUUGCAGCAUGAUUCUGGAACAGAAUGCACUCCAGGAGAGUCUAAAAACUUGGGACAGAAAGAAAAUGGCAAUUACAUCAUGUAUGCAAGAGCAACAUCUGGGGACAAACUUAACAACAACAAAUUCUCUAUCUGUAGCGUUCGGAAUAUCAGUCAAGUUCUUGAAAAAAAGAGAAAUAAUUGUUUUGUUGGUAGGUCGAUAAUUCAUCCAUGUUUUUUUGGGGGGGAGGGUGAUAUGGGAAUAGGGUAUCAGUAUGAAAUCUAGACAGUCUCAAGACUCCCCAAUUUGUCAUUUUUGAAAAUUUCACUGGCCAGUUGUCCCUCCAAUAGAUAAAAAAGAAAGCCAAGCAAAACCAAGCAAGAACCUUGCUUGUCACCAAUAAACUACAGCUCUGCUUGUUCACAAGUGUCCCACCCCCUAGCUCACACAGAUGCUAUUUUUCUGGGUCCUGUUCAAGGUGCUGGCAUUUACCUUUAAAGACUCAAAUUCUUGUCCCAACCUACCCAUGUUUUGAGAUCUGCUUGGAGCUCUUCUUCAAGGGCCCUUCUUAACAGAUGUGCACUGUGUCACAACAAAGGAGAGGGUUUUUGUGUUGGUGGUGUCCUGAUUGCAAAGCAUCUUUUCACAAAGAAAUGCACCACACCAUUAAGUGGCAACCUUUUUACUCCUGGUUACAUUUCUGUAUUCCCAGGCAUAUAAAUGCAUGCAGUGCCUUAGCCUAUGGUUUAGCUGUUGCCAAAUAUUAUUGCUAAAGUUCCAGUUCCAGCAGAGAUUCAGCAAGCAUUCCUUUUGACUUGCAGGCAUCACUUAAAUAUUUUUUCAUGCCACAGGCCUAUGUGGCUGUACAAAGGAUAUUUUUUUAAACUGACUAGUCAUUUUAAGAAUUUUUUCGUACAGUUUUUUUAGUUUACAUAGCCAUAUAUGGCUCUGAUAUUGCAGCAUAGAAAUACUUUUAUCAAUAAAAUCAUUAUAUUUGUUCACUAUCUUGGAAUCUACUGGAUGGAGAGCAAUAUCCACAUGUUUUGAGUAAAUAGAACAUUUUAAGCAACAACAAAAAAUGCAACUUGUUUCCCAUACCUGCUCUGGUUAUUUAAAAGGAAUUUCCCUUUUGUUUUGGUUCAGUUAAUCACUGUGACCUCCAGUGUUUCUCUAAAUAUCUCACAAUAUAUGUUUAUUGUGAGAACACAAAGUGUUCUGAAGAUCUUCCUGCUUUUCAGAAUCUGGUCAACCUAUCUGUGGGAAUGGAUUGGUGGAGCAAGGAGAGCAGUGUGAUUGUGGUUACAGUGACCAGUGUAAAGAUGACUGUUGCUAUGAUGCAAACCAACCAGAAGACAAGAAGUGCAAACUAAAACCAGGCCAGCAGUGCAGGUAUUGAUGUCCAACUUGGUUUUCACUAUCUAACUGCUUGACUAUUGCUGCCCCUGAACAUUUUGCCAAUAAGUAUCUGUAAACCACAGUUUACAGUGGCAAUUGAAAUUAUUCAACCCCCAUUUCAAAUUGUGUUUAUUAUCAAAAUUAAAGACUUUCAGCUGUUUGCAGUGAGCAGAUCAAACAGAAGCAAUUGAAAUAGCUCAAUACAGUGGAUGCUUCCCCAAAUUCAGCUGGCAUACUGGCUUCUCCAGUCUCACUAUUACCCAACUCCCUGAAUAGAAUCCCUCACAACAGCACAAAUACAACAGGUGUUGUCUCAUGAUGCUUGCUGUGUGCAAGGCCUGCCUGGGAACUGAAUGCCCAGCACUGAUGUGGAGCCUUUAUGCCGUGCAGGCUCAUUGGCACCCAUUGCUGCCUCCUAAGGUGAGUAAGGUGCUGGCCUCAUGUUCAUCUUUGGCCAGUCUCUGUCGGGCUGCUAAGACUGGGGGCAUCUUUCCAGGUCCCUGUGGGUGGGAUGUGGAUGCACCUCUCUUUGGGGUGGAGGGGGUUCAGAGACCAGGGGUAGCGGCUGCUGCCUGGAGGACUCCCAAGGAGAGAAGACUGAGGGAACACUCCACAAGGGAGGGUGUUCAAAAAGGGGUGAGGGGCUGCUGGCUCUGCAAGGAAGGUGUGACAUAACUGGGCUCCUGAGCCCCACAGGGGUGUCACAGAAAGAAUAUAGUUGGUCAAGGGAGCCAUGGACUCCAAAAGGUUGAAAACCCAUGGGCCUAGGGGUUUGCUGAGCAUCAAAUUUGGCUGCAUGUUAGAAAUACAACGUAAGUCAAGAGAAUGGUCCAAGAAGGUAAGUGAAGAGAUCAUCGGCCUUCACAAACAAGGAGCAGGAUACAAAAAGAUAGUGAAGGCACUGAAUGUUCCUAGAGGCACAUAGUUGGGAACAUAGUUUGCAAGCUCAAAGUUAAAGGAACAAUGGUUACAUUACCUGGAUGGGGCAGGGGGGAAAAGCUAUCUGUGGCACCAACCAGAUUUCUGAGAAGGCAGGCUGGGAAAAAAUCUUGAGUGACUGCAAAAGAGCUGCAGCAAGACUUGGUGGCAGCAGGCACUGAGGUUUUAGUGAGCACAGUAAGGCACGUACUAAAUGCAGAAGGUUUCCAUCCCAGGACUCCCAAGACGUACACCACUACGAAACCAAAAGCACAAGAGAAGUCGGAUCCAGUAUGCUCAAAAUCAUAUAAAUAAGCCACAGAGGUUUUGGGAUUCUGUUCUGUAGUGCAAUGAAACAAAAUUUGGAACUUUUUGGCCCCAUGGAUCAGCGCUACAUCUGAAGGAGGAAGAAUGAAGCAUACGCUGAGAAGGACUCAGUGAAGCAUGACAAGAGGGAGAUAGACUGAAAUUGCAGAGUUUUGAGAAAUUAAAAAACAAAGUGCGAGACUGGCUUCAUUAUUAUCAGAUAAUGGAGGCAUACAAUUUGGACAAGAAAAUUGGCUUCCAGGUGGAAAAAUCAAAAUUAGAAACAGAACUGCUAGAACCCAAAACUAAGAUUUUGUCAAAGAUGUAUAACUUGCUGUUGAAAUGGAAUACACAGGAAGAAACGGUGAAAUCUGCUAUGAUUAAAUGGGCACAAGAUGUUGGACAUAACAUAAUGAUGGCUGACUGGGAACAGUUAUGGACCACAGGUAUGAAGUUUACGGCAUGUAAUGCCUUAAGAGAGAAUAUUAUGAAAAUGAUAUACAGGUGGUACAUGACACCAGUCAAGCUUGCAAAAAUCUAUCAUUUGCCCGAUAAUAAAUGUUGGAAAUGUAAAGAAACUGAAGGUUCAUUUUUUCACCUUUGGUGGACGUGCCCAAGGAUUACAGCUUUCUGGGAGAUGAUUUAUAAUGAAAUGAAAAGGGUAUUUAAAUAUACCUUUCUGAAGAAACCAGAGGCCUUUCUCCUGGGCAUGGUCGGCCAAACGGUGCCAAAGAAGGACAGAACUUUCUUUAUGUACGCCAUAACAGCAGCAAGAAUACUUAUUGCAAAGUAUUGGAAGACACAAGAUUUACCCACUCUGGAAGAAUGGCAGAUGAAGGUGAUGGACUACAUGGAAUUGGCGGAAAUGACUGGCAGAAUCCGAGACCAGGGAGAAGAGUCGGUGGAAGAAGAUUGGAAGAAAUUUAAAGACUAUUUACAGAAAUAUUGCAAAAUUAAUGAAUGUUAGAAUGAUGUCAGAAUGAAUUUAAGUGGUUUAAGCAGCAAUGUUAUAAAGGUGUAUGUAAAAAUGGACUGUUAACAGGUGAGAAUCCAAAGUUAUAAAAUAUUAAGUUAAAGGAUUAAGAUAAAAACAAAGAGGGAAAGAAAUUGCUGAAUUAACUAACUGAAUUGGAAUACAAAAAAGGGAGGUGUGAGGAGGUUCGGGAAGCAAGGAAAUGAAUGUAAGGCAGGGAAAGACUGAUAUAUUUUUUUAAGUGUUUUUUAUCUUUUUUCUGUAUUUUGUAUUUUCCUUUUAUUUUUAUUUUUGUAUUUUUUUCCUUUCUUUUUAUUUACGUAAUUCUUUUCUUUGAAAGCUUAAUAAAUAUCAUUUAAAAAAAAAAAAGAACUCAGUGAAGCAUGGUGGUGGCUCAGUGAUGCUCUGGGGCUGCUUUACAUCCUCUGGCACUCAAAACUUGCAGUUUGUGGAAGGCAGGACGGAUUCACUGAAGUAUCAGGAAAUCCUAGGAGGAAACAUGCCGUCUGUGAGGAAGCUGAAGCUUGGACGUCACUGGACAGUGAUCCCAAGCAUACCUCAGAUUCCACCAAGGUUUGAUUGCAGAAGUCCUGGAAACUUCUACAGUGGCCAUCACAGUUACCUGACUUGAACCGCAUAGAAAAUCUCUGGUGGGAUUUGAAGAAGGCGGUUGCAGCAUGCAAAUCCAAGAAUAUUACUGAACUGGAGGCCAUUGCUCCUCAGGAAUGGGCUAAGAUUCCUCAGGAAUGCUGCUGGAAACUGCCGUUUGGCUAUGCAUCUCUUUUGCAGGAGGUCAUAGUAGCAAAAGCCUGCUCCCUAAGUACUAAAGAUGCUUGCCCUGAAGGGGCUGAAUAAUAUUGAGACUGAAGAAGCCAAUGUAAGUUGCAAUUUCAGCUGAAUUUGGGGAAACCACUCGAAGCAUCUGUUGUGUUGAGCUAUUUCAAUCUCUUUUGUUUGAUUUGCUCAUUGCAAACAGCUGUAAGUCUCUACAUUUUGAUAAUAAACCUGAUUUGCAUUGGGGUUGAAUAAUUUUGAUUGCCCUGAUACAUGUGAAUAGGGUCACUAUUUGAGGCUUUUGAGUAGUAUGAGUUUUUGUUAAAGAACACCAGUGGUGACAAAGUCCAUGUCUUUUUGUAUUGUCGAUCAUGCUAGCUUUAGUCCUCUUUUCUGGCUCUGCUUUUGAGUUCCAAAUUCCAAUUUUCUGUUUUCCUUCUGCCAAUGGGAUAAAACACAUCCCUUCUGUUUGGCCUUUGACUAGGCUGUUUGCUCUUAUUGAUGUUAUUACCUCUGUUUUGCUUUUGUUGAAUGUAUUUUAUUUAUUUGUUGCCUUGAACACUUGAAAGGCAGCUAAUAAAUUAUUUGAAACUGAAGGAAGUGCCACAAGUAGGGCUGAGUGUGUUACACGUGAAAGGGGGACCCACAUGUUCUUUUCAGUGCCUUGUUCUUUAAGCUUUUGAAUUCAGCGAAAAACUAUCAAUGAGACUUUAAACAACCCUGUUAUACCCACAGUCAUAGGGAUUAAAGAGUGAUAGGAGGCACCUUUUUAAGAGCAAGCUUAUCGGUUAAAGUUUUGAUCUAUAUUGGUGAUGGGCUACAGAACAAGGGCUAAAGUUAAUCCUUCCAGCUAAAUAACGAAAGGGUAUGUGUGGGCUGAAUAAGGUGACAGGAGGUACCUGUUAAGAAGUGACAACUGAGUAUUUCCCCUUCUUUUACAGCCCCAGUCAAGGUCCCUGUUGCACAUCAUCUUGUACAUUCAGGGUAUUUGGAGCAAAGUGCCGAAAUGAUUCUGAGUGUGCGGAAGAAGGGAGGUGCAAUGGCAACACUUCUUUCUGUCCAACAUCUGCACCAAAGCCUAACUUGACGGACUGCAACAGAAAUACACAAGUUUGCAUAAAUGGAGUAAGUCUUCUAGAGAUGUUACAGAAAAGCUAAGGAAUCAUUUUCAGCUUACAUGCUGCUGGCCCAGGAUGAUUGUAUAUUUCCCCCUGCUGGAAUAAAGCAUUUCCUUUAUUGGGUAACAAGUGGAGAACCUGUGAAUUUUCUUAGUGUUUAGGAAAUGGCAUUCUGAAGCUUUGCAUUGUCAGGCCUUGUAUUCUGCCCAGUCUAUAUCAAGUGCCACCAGCUGAUGCAUCCAGUUUUAUUAUUUCCGGAGUGGGAAAUAUAUUACUCUCUGUACCGAAAAAAGUUCACAAUAUAUGGUGGUGGUGGUUCUUCCUGUACAAAUGAUGAACCUUAAGUUUUCUGGAAUGUAAAGCAUGUAUGGAAAAUAAUUGUAUCUUUUCUUCUCUAGCAAUGUGCUGGUUCUAUCUGUGAGAAGUAUGGCUUAGAAGAAUGUACAUGUGCCAGUUCGGAUGCAAAGGAUGAUAAAGAAUUAUGCCACGUAUGUUGCAUGGAGAAAAGUAAGUUCUCUUCACAUUAAAACAUAAAUACUGUAAGCUUGGAUUUUGAUACUAGAAUUUCAGAUACUUUUAUUCAAUAAAACUGAAGCUGGGAAAAGUUUGCAGAACUCUUGAGUUAUUCAGAGAACCUUACCAUGAAGAAAGAUGAUUGCCUCAAGAGGUGGAUCCUGUGUGCCAUUAAGGACGCGGGUGGCGCUGUGGGUAAAACCUCAGCGCCUAGGACUUGCCGAUUGCGUGGUCGGCGGUUCGAAUCCCCGCAGCGGGGUGCGCUCCCGUCGUUCGGUCCCAGCGCCUGCCAACCUAGCAGUUCGAAGGCACCCCCGGGUGCAAGUAGAUAAAUAGGGACCGCUUACCAGUGGGCAGGUAAACGGCGUUCCGUGUGCUGCGCUGGCUCGCCAGAUGCAGCUUGUCACGCUGGCCACGUGACCCGGAAGUGUCUGCGGACAGCGCUGGCUCCCGGCCUCUAGAGUGAGAUGAGCGCACAACCCUAGAGUCUGUCAAGACUGGCCCGUACGGGCAGGGGUACCUUUACCUUUUUAAGGACAGCCAAGUGUGAGGACACAAUCUAUUGAGAGAUCCUGGUAAAAGCACUUCUAGCCACUGAGGCUCCCUGAGACUCCAGUGACGGAGUGGGAUCCAGAUGCAUCCCCAGACUGUGCACCUGAACAGGCAAUUGACCAACAUCUCUGACAUGGAAGCCCCUCACCGACAAUACCUCCAUCCUGUCAGGGUUCAAGCUUGGCUUAUUUUGUGCACAAGCUUUAUUUAAAAAAUCUCUGCUCCUUUGCAGCAGGAAAUGAAAUUACUCAUGUGAGAAACCAUCCCAGUGCAUUGUGUGCUAUUCUACUAGUUCAAAUGGUGUUCCUCUCUUUUCUCUUUCAACCACCAAAAUGCCUUGGCUCAGUCCUGGUUGUAACACUUCAAUCUCAUGAAGACUAUUCAUUUAACCUGAGGGCAGAAGGAACCUCCAGCCCACCAGCCUAAUUAAGCUCACCAGACCUCUGAAUUUGACCCAUGAGGCCUUUCGGGCAAACUGUAUCCAUCUAUCAGUUACCCAGUGACCUGUGAUGUCAGGCGUAAAGAUCUGUUAUCUCUGAUCUUGGCAGUAAGUGAUGACAAGGGAUCUCAGAUCUUAGUGCUAAGUGCAUCAGUACUUGUACUGAUAAGCUUAUAUCUGGUCUUUAAUGCUGUGGUGCUUAGCACUGAGAUAACAAAUAAGCCUCUUCCUGCUCUUUGUAAAAGGCAGCAAGAUCUUAACCCAUGAUAUGAGAAAUGGCAACCCACUCUUGGAGCAUAGCCAUUCACCCACAGAUUUCUUGCUUUGCAAUCCUGGCUUGAAUUUGAAGUGGGGCGGCAAAGGAAGAAUCAUGAUACAACAAGUGAUUAGCAGUUGUGUGGCCCCACCCACCUGUCAAAAUGACCCAUGGAUCAAUUUCCUACCCCUGAUUUAAGUAAUGAUUGCUGUCCUGUACCUCUUACAUUCUUUCAGUACACAUGUAAUUGUGGGCAGGCUGUUGCUUGUGAUGCAUUUAGUUGUAUUGCUCUUCCUAAAAAUAACAUCUGUUCUUAAAAUGUUUUUUGCUUUAUCCAGUGCUUCCAGACUCCUGUGCAAGUACAGGAUCUGCUAAAUGGAAGAACUUCUUCGAUCACAAAACUAUUACCCUGCAGCCUGGGUCACCCUGCAAUGAUUUUAAAGGUUACUGUGAUGUGUUCAUGAGGUGUCGAUUGGUAGAUGCUGACGGCCCCUUAGCCAGGUUAAAGAAGGCCAUUUUUAAUCCAGAGCUGUAUGAAAACAUUGCAGAAUGGAUCGUUGUAAGUUUUUAAACAUAAGAAAUCUCUAAUACUAUCUUGUGAACUGUGGUAAAGCUUGCCAUUGUCAGUUGUUUUGAAUUUGAAUUAAUUCCCACCUCCAAAAAACCCCCCUUUGAUUGCCACAAUUCUACAAUGCUACCUUGAUGAGUAGUACUUUUACAAGAGCAGUAGUUCAUUUUCUUCAGAGCCAUUGUAGCAUCUGCUUUGCUGAUAUGUAAAUAGUUACCCAAAGGGUAGCAUGCUAGCAGUUUUAUUGCUGCACCACUAGGAGUCAGGUCCGCGCCCCCCCCCCCCAAUAUAUGGAUAAUGGUAAAAUUCUCCUGCAGUCAUACAGAUUCUGCUUUAAGAAUGUUGUAUCCUUUUUCUAAUGAAGCAGAGUGGUAGUACACUGUUGAAUAAAGUGGGGUGGGAGGAUGACGAAAAGCCAUUAAGAAUUGCUAGAAGCUCUACUCGUGAGCUCUUGUAAUUUCUAGUUUUCAGAAUUUGCUUAUGUGUAACAUUGGCCAUGAUUGCUGGGGCUGAUGGGACAUAUAUGUAGUUCAGCUACAUCUGGAGAACCAAAGGUUCCCCAUUUAUAUCAUAUUAUAUUAUAUUAUUAUAUUAUAUUAUAUUAUAUUAUAUUAUAUUAUAUUAUAUUUAUUAUAUUUAUUAUUAUAAUAUUUAUUAAGAUACAAAUAGAUAGAUAUAUUUAGACACAAGUGGAUAAAGCUUGUUGCCAGCUUUGGGUAUGACAAAAAGGUGAAAAAGGCUGUUGUGCACUUUCCAGGCUUUAGAAGACAGUGUGCUAUGUGGCUAGAACAUUGGACUUGGUCCAGGAAGAGCUGGCUUAGAUUCUUGCUUGGCCAUGAAGCUUACUAGGUGACCUUAGGCAAGACAUGAUUAGUCUUAGUACAGUGGGGGUUGUCAUGAGGGAAACUGCAUAACCCUGUGCUUCUUAGAGGAAGGGUGAGAUAAAGAUCCAAUAGGCAGGCACUGGUGCAGCUUCACUGAUUUGUGUGCAUCUGUAUUGGCUGAGUGCCAGGAAAAAUAGAUUUUGAUUUUUAUAUUUCUAUGCUGCUUUUCAUUCAAAUGAAUCCCAAAGCAGCUUGAAAACAAUAAAUAAUAGUAACAUGGUAGAGCAUAAUAGAACAUCACAAAUACAGCAUGAAUCAAAUGAAAUAACUAAAAAAUCAUCAAUAUAAUAAUUACAGUCUUUAAAACACUAUUAACAAAACAGCAACUAAAAAACAAGCUGCGCUGUAAUUAAAGCAAAAGUCAUAUGAUUAACAAAUCAAUACAGCAUUUAUAAUCUAUAAAACAGUAUUAACAACAUGAACAAAAAAGCAGCCAAAAAUACGCUAAGCUCUGUUAAAUUCAUACUGCACCCCCAUGAAUCAUAUUCUUUCACUCUGUUCAGCACAUUGAAAUACAGUGGUACCUCAGUUUACAUAUGCUUCAGGUUACAUACGCUUCAGGUUACAGACUCCGCUAAUCUAGAAAUAGUGCUUCAGGUUAAGAACUUUGCUUCAGGAUAAGAACAGAAAUUGUGCUUCAGCGGCGUGGCAGCAGCACGAGGCCCCAUUAACUAAAGUGGUGCUUCAGGUUAAGAACAGUUUCAGGUUAAGUACGGACCUCUGGAACGAAUUAAGUACUUAACCUGAGGUACCACUGUACACAUGUGCAUAACAACUCCCUUCUGACGGCUCUUCAGGCCAGACAUGGGGCAACACUGGUGAACCCAGCCACCCUCUGAUGGAAACAGAGUCUCUCCUCAGAGUUUGGAAACAGCUCCCCUAUAAGAUCUCCUAGAGCUGGAGGGUGGGGCAAAGCAGGUGGGAAAAGCCAUUACCUGCUGGCCAACUCAGUGUCUCUCUCACAGUUCUUCCUCUGGAUAUUACUGUUAGAUAAUUGAUUUAUUGCUCAGAUAAGCGUCCGGCAUGCUUCCCCAUCACACACCUCUGGCCGGCAUUCCAAAGACCACAUUCCGAUACUUCUGAGCAUAGCAGAGUUUCGACAGCGGCAAGAGGAAACCAAAAAAAAAACCACCAGUGCCUUCUUCAGUGUGCUUAAAUAAAGUCCACACAGGAUCUUAGCAGCUAAAAGCAGUUUUAUUUACAGCAGGCUAUCCAUUAUCUAUCACAGCGAACAGCAUCGCGAAAACACGUCCUCUCUCCUCAAAAGCGAAAGUAGAGAGAAAAGCUCGGGUGUUUCAUUUCACAUUUUCCCUUUAUUCACCAGGAGAACAGGAAAUGUUAUGUUAUAAUGAAACGUUUUCAGGGUUGUUUAGGAAUGGAAAAGAAUGGGAAUUGCCAGAUAAGAAACUCAGUAACUAGGUUUAUUGCAGUAAUGUGUUUUUGACCUAGCACAUUUUCCAAACAGUGACCAUUGCCCGUGUCCAUGGGCAUAGCCAUGAUUUUUGUUAAGGGGGGCAGGCUUUUGUUGGAGGAGGCAGAACCUCAGUUAAGUAUUUUUCUUGAUUUUUAUUGAUAUGCGGGGCGGCUGCACCCCCCAGCUAAGCCCAUGCCCAUGUCCUUUAAAUUUGGUCUCGAGGGGCUGAUUCUCAUCUCAUUACAUUAGAGAAGCUCUGCCAUUGUCUUACCAUGGUUGGUGGCUUGUUCAGGCCUGGAUGCCACUGCAUUCCUUUAUUCCUGCUGAAUUGUGAUUGUCAGACACGUUCUGUUUCGUCUGGUGACCAGUCAGCCUCCAUAUCUGUACUACUUCUAAUGAGACCUCAUGGGAGACAGGUCGUGCAGUCAGCUCUUCCUUAGCAGCUCUCAGUUUUGUGUGCAGUAAAUGGUAGUUGGUAGAAUUCUUUGGUGCCCUCUGAUUUCCGAAUCUAUAGCUGCUGUAUAUGUCUCAGUUGUAAAUGGUUCUUUAUACACUGCCAAAGUGCAGCCAUUUCAGCUUCCUUUUGCCACCUUACUCUGAAUCUGGCCAAUCUAACUGCUGGUGCAGUAUCCAUCUUUUCUUCUCUUAACAAAUUUUAUGUUUGGUCACUGUUUUUAAAAAUUUCAAUAAAAUGUUGUCCUGUUCCAGUUUUAUCUUCAGCAUUUCCAGGUACAGGGCACAUUGUUAGCUCUAACAUGCAACUUGGGGCUAAGGUUUAAAUAUUUUGCCAUACAAGUAUGUACUGUGUACCUGGGCAUGGAAAGAAGUUCUCUGCCUCCUUUCAUCACUGAUGUAUCACUUCGCCAAAAUGAUUAACAUAGUUCCCAAAUGCCACGUCAGAAUAACACCUGUGGCCAGCCCUCUGCUCCCAGAAGAUUUGCAUAUGAUGAGUGCCCUUUGUGACACAGAUUACAGGACAGAGAACGGGACCUGUUUCCCCACCCCAAUUCCCACCCUGUCUGCCCACAGGAGAUUCACUUCUAUAAUAUAUAAAAAGUGAGAUGUCACUCGCCUCUUAUUUGUUUUUCCUGCUCUUGUCCUGUGUUCUGUCUUUCUCUCUCUCAAAUGCUACUCUCCCCAGCAAAAUGCAGCUGCCAUUGUCACAACCCACCAGUGUCCUGUUCCAAUCUGUCCUCCUUUAGUAAUUCUAUUAGUGCGGUAUUGUCUAGUUUUUCCUAUGGAGUUUGGGCAGUUUCCAAGAUGGAGCUUAACCUUUUAUUCUCUAUAUCAGUCCUGGGAAAAUUCACUUUUCUAGACUCAAGUCAGUUUUUACUUUUUUGGAAAAUGGUUGCAUUAAUAUAUGGAUGACUGCGCUUGAUUUUAACCUGCAAAUUCAAAUUGAAUUAAAGCCAGAAAAUGUAGUGGAGAAACUUCAACACAAUAAUUAGAUUUGCUAAUGGUUAAAUGACUUUUGCUUUGCAAUUUGUGAAUCGUCCAACUUCAGCCGUGUUUCUAGAGCUGGGGUGGGGGAGGUGUGAGGAGGGCAAGUGCCUGUCCUGAGAAAGCAGAUGACCUGUGCAGGUUUGGGUAGUUGAACUGGUUUCUGCAUUCAUUUGCCUCCCUCCUGAGAACUUUACCCAUUUGAUUUUUCCUUUAGUGCUGUAACUGCUUUUAUAACCACUCCCAGGUAUGCUUUUAUAAAAGUAGGUGGUUGACAGGCCCUCAACGAUGCUGCUUCGUUCAGCUUUACUUGUUAUAGUCAAAACAAGCCACCUACCCUGCUUGCAUUCCUGGGGUCUGCAUGCCCUCUGCUGCCACCACCAGCACCCCCUUCUGGUGGACCACAGAGGUGGGCAGGUGGGCUGCAGCUGAGGAGCCAGCAGCUAAGGCUGGGAUCCAUGUUCCUCUCCCCAGCUCCAUGGGGGCUCUCAGGGGUCCUAGAAUCUCAUUCAUAGAGACCUCUGGUGACAUUUGAGGAAUAAAGCUGUGGCUUUGCACUGAUUUUAAGAUGCAGUAGGGUUGUUCAUGCACAUCUAUCCUAAAAAUAGUCUUUUGUGUUCUGUCACAAAAUUUCAGAUAUACUGGUGGGCUGUACUGCUUAUGGGGAUUGCGCUGAUCAUGUUUAUGGCCGGUUUCAUUAAGAUAUGCAGUGUUCAUACCCCAAGCAGCAACCCAAAGCUGCCACCACCUAAACCUCUCCCAGGUAAGCACCUUCAUGUUGUGACUUCUGUAAAUUCUGUAUAACCUCUUCUGUAUAAUGGGAAAUGUCGCUGGCACCUUGUAGUAGUUGGACUAUGAAAGGGCAGUGCUGUGUUUGCCUCAAAAUGCUCUUGUAUAUAGAAGAGGAAAACCUAUGAGAAGGUGCUGCUCUAUUGGACACUCAGAGGCUUAAAAGUCAGCUGUCCCUUCAGCUGUCAAAUCUUUGUGGACUUAGUAUAAUGGGUGGUAUCCUUAACUCCUUCACACUAAUGGGCUUGUACUGCCUCUAAAGCUUAUGUUUGUUAUUGGAGGUCCAAAUGACCUAGGUGGCUGUUACCUGUUUAGUCUGGUGCAACAGCUGUAUCUGAUAGGCCAUGUGUUGGUAACAUUGAGAAUGGAUUACUGCAGUGUGCUCUGUGUGGGCCUUGUUCACAUAGGACAAGCUAGGACAGAAUGCAGCAGCUAGACUGCUGAUGAGGGCAGAAAGCUGGCAGCAUGUGACACCUCUGCUAAAACUUCUGUACUGGUUGCCCAUGUGCUACAGGGCCAGGUUCAAGGUUCUUGUGUUGAUAUACAAAACUCUGAACAAAACUCAGGAUGCUUUAAGGACCGCCUCAGCUGUUGUUUUUCAGCCCAAUCACUGAGAACAUCCAGAGGAGAGCUGUUGUCCUCUGUGUUGUAGGGGCCUGACUGGCCUCAGCCUAGAGAUCAGACUUUUUGUGUCACCACCAGUCCCAUACUGUGGAGCACUCCACUAGCAGAAACUGAGCAGGCAUUUUGACUUUCAGGCUUCACCUGACAACUUACUUUACGCUGACAGGCCUUUGCAGUUGCAUAAAAUGUUGCAUAAAAUGGUCGUCUCAACCACUGUUUUGUAUUGCUUUUCCUUUGUUUAAUGUAGCCCCCCCCCCCCCGAUGUUUUGCAGGAAGAGGGAGAACUGAUCUUGAGUACUCUGUGCUUGGCAUCUUUGUUCUUACCUUAGAUAGGCAAUCAAAGGCCUUGCACAUUUGCAUAUAGCACAUUAAGCCUUAGGUUUUGACUGGUCUCUAAACAGGCAAUAUGUUUUUUAAAACUAUGCUUUUUUCUGUAGGCACUUUGAAGCGAAGGAGACCGCCCCAAACAGCUCAGCCUCCUCCACGCCAGAGGCCCCGGGAGAGUUAUCAGAUGGGACACAUGAGACGUUAAGUGCUGUUUUUUGCCUUGGUUCUUCCUAGUGCCUACAGUGGGAAAAUUUCACUCCAAAGAAAACCUAUAUUAAGUCAUUGUCCCUGGUCUAACUUUCAACUAAAAAGCAGAAGAAAGAAAAAAAGGCAAGAUGUGGAGAUGUUCAAUGCUCGCAUUUCCCUGCCCCAAAAGAGAAGCGGCUGAUCUUGAAGCAGAUUUUUAACCGUCUUCAGCACCAUGAUUUCGACCUUCUCCUCCCUGUGCUCUUCGUUGUUGCCUUUUCUUCACUUGGAGGCAAACAUGGCUCUUGUGAAACUCCUCUUCACAUGAAUUAAAGCAUAUAUUUUUCAACUGUUGAGGCUAGGAAGCUAGACAUUGGAGACAUUACUUUGCCAAUGUACAUAAAAUGUUAUAUGCAGACAUUGUAUUUCUCAUGUACACCUGUACUUCUGUGUGCAAUUGUAAAACAAGAGAAUUGCAAUAUGGAUGUUUCUUUGUAUUAUAAACCUUUUACGCUCUUAAUGAAGAAAUUACUGUUUAAUUGACAUACUCAGGAUAACAGAGGUUGAAGGUGUAUAAAAGUCUGGAUUCUGUAAUGCUUUAUGCAGGAAUUGUGAAUCGGAUCGAAUCCUUUUUUAAAUGUAUCUAUAUUAUGGUCAGAAUUACUGCUAACAUUCACUCUGGAUGCAAAACCCAGAUCUCUCAUCCUGCAGAAGCCCCACUAAAAUGAACGAAGCUCUGCUCUGAUCCAAAGGGGGCUUGUGGAGGAAACGUUCCCUCUGGAUUGUGCUUUCUCUCUCGCAUUGUGCCGCUGCUGUCCUGGGGAUAGCACAUGCCAGAAUGUUCCCAUCAUUAAUUUUUAUGUAAAAUAUAUGAUUUCUGAGAGCUCAGCAUAAGUAUUUUCCCAAAAAAAAAGGAAAAAAAAAUCAUUGCCUGUUAAAUGAUCGACUUCUUUUUUCAUGCUUUGGUAGAAAGACAAGUGUGUUCUAUUUUUCCUCAGAAGAUUGCAACUGACUUUCUUUGAUAUGCUCUGAUAGUCUUAAUAUGUGGUAAUUAGGUUCCCAGUUCUGACAGAUAUGGGAGAGAUGAAAAGUUGUUUAAUUUUUUUGUUUAAGUAUUUUGGUAAUUCUUCAGCAUGAUACUGUUCUUAAGGAUAACCACUAAAACAAAAGUAACUGCUGCAGAGUCUGCUGUAGUUGUGUUUUAAUUGUGUAGGCUGGGGAAUGUCCACAAAAGGCGCUUAAAGGAGUCCGGAAGCUCAACAGCACAAUGGCCCAAAGUUUUUAUUAUGAGUGUAAAUAAUUGGCAUUUUAAAACAAAGUAGAAACAAAAGCAAUGUCAUAAUAUGCUUAACUGCUAUGCAGGAAAUGGAAGAGGGCAUUAUUCAAGCUUGUGAUACACUGCUUCUGUUUUUCCAAAAGCACCAAGCUAAUUAGGGAACAAAUGGCUAUAAAAAUAUUUCUGGCUUUGCUUGGGAAGCAAAUUUUAUUAAGGGGUUGGCCAGGGUUUUGUUUUGUUUUCCAAGAGUAUACAGUUUACACACACAUUCUCAUAAUGUGAAGCAAGCCAGCAAGGCCAAAAAUAUUAAAAGAAUAUAAUGAAAUCUCUUCCUUGUAAAACUUGUACAGUAUGUGGUGACUUUUUUCAAAAUACAGCUUUUUUGUACAUGGUUUAGAGACAAAUUUUGUACAUGAAACCCCCAGACCAAUAGACUAUAAAUAAUUCUGAAGGAUCUUAACUAGUUAGAAAUCUGUAGUUGCUUUUAAACCAUUUUAAAAUACAUUUUGGGGUGGUUCUGUUCUUGUUCUGUUCUUCAGACUGUGCAAAGGCUGGAAGCUAGGUUUGCAUUUCUAAAAUGGUGACUUUUGUUCUGCAAGAGUUCAUAGUAACUUCUUGAGUGUGGUAGAUCUUGGAACAUGUAAAUUCUUUGCUUGUAAUGUUCUCCUGUGGCUGGGGUGCCUGGCAGAGAGCUGGCUACCCUGUUUUAUUUUGGGUCUAAGUUUCAUGUUUUCUGCAAAGAGAAAAGUGCACUGAACUCUCCACUACAAGUUAAGAUGUGGUAAAUUAAAACAAGAUUAUCAAGGCAAAUUGCAAUCUAAUACUACUGUCAGUUUAAUGUCCACUGUGUUUUAUACAGUAUCCUUUUUUUUUUUUUUGGUUCACUUUGGAAAUUUUUACUAAAAAGUUGCAAAAAUAAAAUAAAGUAUUGUGCAAACAAAUGUAAGGUUUUUUUUAAACUUGAAAUGCAUUAAUAAAUAGACCUGAUGAAAUCACCCUGGAAGUUGAGCUCUUUCUCAGAAUUGAAGGGCAGUCGAUUCUGAUGUGCCUUCCUGCAUUUCACUGCCAGAAGCAGGCUGUGCUUCUUAGUAGAUCUCAUUUUAUUGGUGUGGCUCAAAAAGGGGGGUCUCAGUUAAACAUGCCCCAAAUCAUACUGCUGCUGUAUCUGCAGAUUCUUCCUCCAGGCCUGUAAAACUUUAUCUCAGUACAGUGCUGUGGUGUGAUUAUCAAACUAUUUAUGCUUUAUUGAAACGUGUUUGUGGGUUGGUGGCUUGUGUGUGUAUGUGUGAGUGUAUCUAUCAUGUGUGGUGUUUUAGGGAUGGAUUGGCCUAUUUCUGAUCAGUGUCAAUUCCACAUACAUUUUUAAGUACAUUCUGUCUCAUUUCUGCAUCAUUCUGUGAAUUUUCUAAAGCCCACAAGCAAAUUUUGUUUUAAAAUGUGUAUUUAAAUGCUUUAUUUCAGUGUUUU